AUGGCCGCGGAACGCGAUGCGGGCACCGGAUUCGAAAACAACAACGGCGGCGGCGGUGGCGGGCCGCGAUUGCCGCCGGUUGGCGCGGCCGUGCGGUGGACAGCGGCGGCCGCCGCGGCCACCGCGCAGCCGGACGGCCAGAAGGAGGUCAGGUUCCCGGGCACCAAGCAGCCACCACCGUCCGCGCCGGCGCAGGCGCAGGAGCUGUACCGGCGGCUGCACAGCCGGUCCCUGUCGUCGCUGCCGCCCGAACCGUUCAUAAUAAUGCGGUCGAAAGCCCUCAACAGGAGGGUGUGCAUCAACGUGGGCGGCGUCAAGCACGAGAUACUCUGGCGGACGCUGGAACGGUUGCCGCACACCCGGCUCGGCCGGUUGAGGGACUGCAACACACACGAGGCCAUCGCCGAACUGUGCGACGAUUACUCGCUGGCCGACAACGAAUACUUUUUCGACAGACACCCGAAAUCGUUCGCAUCGGUAAUGUACACGUCGCGCGCUAUAUUACUACGCUUAAGGGGGCCGGUGCCGAUAUUUUAAACGUUCCCUUGAUUUUCACAUUUCAAUUACCGGUGUAAAUAUAGGAUUUUUCCGGUGGUUCGCUGCCCGAUUCCCGUUUAAGGGAAUGGGAUGCGGCCGUUUUUACCGACGAAAAUAACACGGGCGGGAACAGGGAUAACUCACUGUUAACAUAAUGUUUAUCUACAAUUUAGUUUUUAGUUUAUAGCCAACAACGUUUUACAGUUCGCGUUGAACUUCAGUUUUCGAUUUGAUUUCAAAUAACGAUAUAAAAAAAGUCACUAAAAAGGAGGGUUAAAAAUUGAUCUCUUUUAAGACAUGCAAUAUAGAGUUUAUAAUGAAAAUAUUUAAAAACGGAAUGGACGUCUUCAUCUUUCAAAUAAAAAAAUUACCAUCGAAAUCGGAACACUAUAUGAAACAAGGAAGUUUUUUUUUCCGUAAAGCACGUUUCUGAACCGAAAAAUACUUUGACACCUGAUCCCUUAACGACAUUUAGACAUUUUUCAUCGGAGACAUAUAUUACGUACGUUUCGAGCUAUAAUCUGUUCCCCCUCCCCCCCCCCCCCCUUGACCCAUAAAAUGUUUGUCGAUAAUCGUUACAGUCGUACACCCAUAGAUCAUCUACGAACGAACUAAAGAUCACGAACGAAAUAAAAAUCAGGGUUAAAAUCACUAAAAUAUUCGAAACGACGUCCACACAAUUUUCAUGAGUGAUAGAAACUUGUAAAUUUUAGAGCGGAGGGUUAGAGAACGGUAAAGAUUUUCAGUCGUGUCGGAUAAAAAAAUCAUUGAACACUCUUAUUUGAAUCUGUCCGACAAUCGGUAUUAUUUUCCAACUUCUUUUUUUCCGGAAUUCAUCCCUAAGGUUGAAUUUGCAGAUUUAAUCCGUACGGUAUUUGUAGUGAAGUAUUAUACAACGGAGCCAUUCCGAAUUGGCGGCUAGUGAUCCCGUGUCUGAAGUAUGUCCCGUACUACUGUACGCCAACAUCAAAUACUUCUGUUGCCGACGGUUCUUCUACGGACAUCGCCAACGAUCGGUAUAGAAACGGUUACACUUCUGCCGUUCGCUUUUACGAUAAACAGUUAUCACUGUGGUCCAGUUCUCGAAUCCAAACCGCGGGGCUUAAAACUUACAUCACCAACGGCAAUGAUAUCACGUGCUCUUUUUGGAAUAUUUCCCAUUCUAUAUUUAUGAGUACUGAUUAGAGGCGCCAUAAAAACACGUUUCGUUAUUUUAGUGUUUAUUUAAUUAUACGUUUCCUAAUAGCAUUUCCAUUCAAAAGAAAAAGAAAUCCGUACCUUUUGUUGCUCACAUCAAACGUACCGUAUUUUCUCUAUCGAUUCGCUGAUCAUAAUGCGAUAUUUUCCUCGACAGCCAUCUCACGCGUUCUUACCAAAUCUCUUUGUCGCGUAAAAUACCGCGGUUAUACACUGUUUUACAUACUAUUCGAAUAACGUCCAAAGAAAAAUGUCUGGCUAUACUACGGUCUAACGCAUUCGGCCUUUGAUUAGGUGCCCACGCUUGUUAACAGCCUAACCGAAGUGCGCGUCAUAAAGUUCUCGAACAUUUAUACAAAUAAAAUUCCUUUUGUCAUUUAAAAUACGUCCCCACGUUUCGCAAUAAUAGAAUGCAUACUCGAAAUCGUUGCCAAACGACGGUAAUAAUUUCCAUACACACUUCAAUAAAGUAUUGGUUUCAAACGUUUUAUACUAUAUAGUAUAUAGGGUACCUGAAUUCGUUCGAACCGUCCUCAACAGAACCCCCGUCAUAAUAUUCGUCGACCCUUCUAAUACUAAACUGAUUGCAUGCGUAAUAAUUAUUUAUUUGAUAAUAAAUUUAAAUUGUAAUCGUUAUAAAUACGCGUAGAUGUAAGCCCUCCGAAAAAAACAAUGAUACACGAAUCUGUUUAAAUCCGCUAUAUUUCUCAGACACAUUUUAGUAAUUUACCGUGACACAGGGAAUAUUAGAAUUAUUCACGAAUAUCAAUCUGAUUUAAUGCGAAAAUUUGCUGGUAUUUUCAAUAGAUUCGUUUAGAGAAUGUUGGUAACAAAUAAGAAUACACAAUAAAACAGAAUUUUUUUUUGAUAAAUUAAUUAAUUUUGAUUUUUAGACACUGAUAACCAAAUCGUAUCUGAGGGUAGGGGGUUGUUCUCGAAAAGCGAAAAUAAUGAAACUGAAUGUGAUGAGAUGAAAUGGAAUAAACCUUUUUUUUAAUAAUUUAAUAGUUAAAAUGUGUGAAGUAAACGAGAUUAAGUCUAAAAUCUCAUCUAAUCAAUGAGAAAUCUAAGUGAUCUGAUAUAGUUAGAUGAAUUAAUGAAUUGAAUGAGAUCGAGUUGUUAAUAAUACUAUAUAUGAAUCCAUCUUACAAUAUGAUCGAAUUAUUAACAAUACAUUAUCAACGAAAAAUAGAUAUUUGUAAUCGUUUUCCAAAAUGUAUAAUAUAUUUUCGAUACGAAAUAGAUUUCAUGGAAAUUCUAAUGUAUCGUAAUCGUCAUGAGACGAAUUUAUUUGAAUAAAUGAGAUGAAACGUGUGACAUCAUGUUACUUUUCCAUAACAUCCCCCCCCCUCAAAUGGAAAAUGGUAUCACUACUAAAUUUCAGAUUCAUUGAUUACAAUUUGAAUUUUGAAACCUUAACUGCCACUCUUAGAAAUUUGAAUUUGUCUCGAGGAAAUCGUCUAAUAUUAUCCAAAUUAUAUUCGUAUUGUUACCAUUUGCGAACAAAACUAAUUGUAUUUCAUUUUGUAUUCUCAGUCGCAACACUGACACACUAUAAUUUUAUUUCGAGAACACACAUGUAUUAAUAUUGCAUAUAUAGAGCGCCGUUACAAAGAAAUAUUGUUUUGAUUGCUAUAUAUUAUUAUUAAAUAACACCGCAUAAUAAAUACGUACAGCGAAGUGCUUGUAUUAUAAAUCGUCGAGCUGUUUAUAUACUUUGUAUUUUUAACAAUUGAUUAACUUAAUCGUAAAUAAAAUCUCGAAAAGGUUCCUCGUUAAAAAAAUAUCACAAACAUUCAAGUGUUCAUUCAUGUCAAUCAAAAUGGCAGUUUAAGUAAUGAAAUGUAACAAAAAAAGAAUAGCUAAUACUGCUGAUAGAUAUUCUACUGUUGUAGGUAGAAAGUUGAAAAGGUGAGAUACAUAAAGUCAUUUAAUUUAUAUCUGUACGCGACGAAACAUUAUUACUGACGAAAAACGAUUCUAAACGAAGUUCGGUUAAGCAUUUAUUAAGGUGAAAUAAUUUUUAUGAUGUUCGACAAAAGUUCAAUACUUAUAAAUAAAAAUGAAAACUAAACUACAUUCGUUAUGGCUGAGUAUAAUGUAUAAUGAACCUCGUGUCAAAUUUUCAAGCAAUUCUGUUUGACCAAAACAAUUUUAGCCACAUAAAAACAAAUAAAAAAUUUUAAAAAACCAAGCUAAUAUAAGUGUUGUGAAAACAGUGUGGGCAUUUUAGGUAUUUACUAUCUAUUUCAAACAUAAUCACGACAACAAAAUCGAAUAUAAUGAUACCGUAAACUUUUCUAUUUAUCGUACAUUUUUCCCCGAUUUUCUUAUUAUUAUGAACUAACUAGAUACCAAACGCUACUAAAAAGAAACUGUAUAUUUGUUUUUUAUUCGGAGCAAGAUUUUCGGUACAAAAAACGUUUACAAAUUGAAAAAAAAAAUCGCUUUCAUUAUAGUAAAACCAGUAUAAUUGCCGCUGCGUUUAAAAUCUAAAAUUCGACUAAUAAUACCCUCGCUCAGAAUCGUUUUUCGUCACCAAUGUUUUAUCGUUGCCUACAGAUAAAAAUUAAUUUACUCUGUUUACGAUAUUAUUCUUCCUUCCGACUUCCACUCCCCCUUAAAACAGUGGCACAACAACCAUCAGCAGUUUCGAGGCUGUUUUAAACCGUCGUCCUUUUAUAACUGUUCUGUACAUUCGGUACACGCCGGAUUUUCAAACAGAUUGCCGGACCGCAAUAAUUAAACCGAAAGAUCCUUUCACGCGGUAUAACUACGACGCGUGCGUAUUUAUUAUCCGGGACAUCCGCAAUCAGACAUUUCCGACUAAUGGACGGUACCGGGUGUGUGUAGGUGCUUAAUUUCUACAGGACAGGCAAGUUACAUCUUGUGGACGAGAUGUGCGUUUUAGCGUUUAGCGACGACCUGGAAUACUGGGGCGUGGACGAGCUGUACUUGGAGUCGUGUUGCCAGCAUAAAUACCAUCAGCGCAAGGAGCACGUGCACGAAGAGAUGCGCAAGGAGGCGGAAUCGUUGCGGCAGCGCGACGAGGAGGAGUUCGGCGAGGGCAAGUGCUCGCACUAUCAGAAGAUCCUCUGGGACCUGCUCGAAAAGCCCACCACGAGUAUUGCGGCCAGGGUAAGUCUCGUCGACGGUAAGUCCGUCACGGUCGGUGGGGCCGCAUGCGGCACGUUAUCACGCAUUUUAUAUAAAUAUUUGUUUUUGUUUUUUCAUUUAUUCGCUUGAAUUUAUAUAAAUACUAUAUAUAUAUAUAUAUAUAUAUAUAUAUAUGUGUGUGUAUAAAUAUAUAAAUAUAUAUAUAUAUAUAUAUAUAUAUUUUAAAAAGUAUAUAAUAUGGUUGUAUUAUAUAUUUUAUUGGACAUCACGCGGGAUGCGUCGUCUCUCUUCAAAUUGAAUUUGCAAAUAUUGGGCGUGGAGAGACGAUUCCGUUAUGGUUAUUAAACAGUAUGAUUUGUAUUAUUAUUAUUGUUUGUUUACUUUUGUUUAAAUCUUAUUCCGUGUGAUACGUUUAAUAACAAUUUUUUUUUUUUUUUUUUUUUUUUUGUUCUUUUCGAGUGUGUUAACAGGGAAUUAUUGCACGAGGCUUAUUUUAUGUACAAAAAAAAUACUUUUUUUUUUUGUUUUUGUUUUUUAUACACUGGCCGUGUGUGUACUCUCAGCGCAUAUACAGUUUUCUCCCGAAACGGCAACUAAAAAAAAAAUAAUAAAAAAAAAAAAAAAAAAAAUGAUAUAGAACUCGGCAAACGCAUAUAUUAUUAUAUAAACCUACGUUAAAAACACAGCCGCUACAUGUUUACGCUACGAUAAAAUGGAAUGUGUUGAUCGCAAUGACCAGUUCGUCGCAGAAACCAACAGUCGGCUCCGAUUUAUACCGACUAUAGCCACCCUGUACAUUAUCGUAUUCUAAAUACAGCUGCUAAACGAAAAACAAAACCAACACUACGGUGCGGCAGAGAGAUUCCUCGGGGUUUGUGCCGGUGCCGGGGCAGCCAUCCGGAAAAUUGGCCCGAUCGACUUCCCGACCCCGGCACCGAUCCCGAAGGUCCGUCUGUAAACGAUUACGCGGAGAGAUAACUUACUGGCAAUAACAUUGUGUUGUGUUAUUUUAUUAUUAUGUUUUGUGCGAAUGCGUUUUGAUGUUUGGUUUGGUUUUGUUGGCGAGACUGCAUCUUUCUAUACGUGGAUUUUGCUUUGGUUUUUCUAUUUUUUAAUUUUUUUUUUUUUUAACGUUUUAUACACACACACACACACACACACACACACUUACCUACCUAUAAUUACAAUGGUUUUUUUCCCGUCGUUUUAUAUUGUAAUAUCGUUGACUAACACGCGAAUUAAUAUUGUUCGCCGACGGCCAUUUCACUGGAAAUCUAAACGGGUCUCCCCUAGACCAGUUAGAUUUAAGACAUCCAGAGAGUGCAGUUGAACUCUGGCAUGGUCCAACAGGAUCACUCUGUAGAUAUAUUUGCCGCAACAAAGGAAAUAUAUAAAAAGGAUAGAUAUAAGUUACCGCGUAUACUUAAAAAUAUGCAUUAUGUUCGAAAUGUAUUUGUUUUGUGUGUCCUGACAGUUUCUCGGACUAUAACGGAUGUUGGCUUUUCUAGAUCUCUACGACUAAUAACCCACGAUUUUAACCAUGCAACUAUAAUAAUUUCUAAUUAAAUAUGGAAACAAACAAAUAUGAAAGAAAAAACUUAGCCAAAUGUAUUACUAGGUGUUUUUAUUCGAAAAUUGUAUCGAUUUUUGAAUUAUAAUUGAAAAUCUAUAUAAGUAGUUGUGGGGAGACACCCUUUCCCUACGGUUUAGAUAAAUAUCAUUGGCCCUUUUUUUUUAAUUUUCCAAUUUAAGCACUGCGUAAAAUGAAUACAAUGCAAAAGUUGAAUAAGUAUAUGAGCUAGUCGGUAUGGUCCAAACGACACCUCAAACCGGAAACCCGACAAAAUAUCGUGUAACCUGUCAUUUUCUUAGUAAAAAAAAAAAAAAAAAAAAUUAAACUAUCUCAUAAACGAGGAUAUUAUCCCCUUUUAUGAGAUUAUUAAAUACAGAUCAAUGAUCUGCCGAUAGUUAAAUUGCUUCGUAUAAAGAGGUAUUUAAGUUGCUACGUCCCACAUAAACAGUCAAAGUUAUUUAACUAACGAGUGACAUGGUGAAAUUACGUUAUUUAGAGCCAAAGUUGUGGCGUUCACGUUGAAAUUAGAAAUUGAAACACAAAUAACAAAAUGUAAAGAGGAGAAUACUUUCAAGGGUUAUUCAAAGGUUUUACCUAAACAAUUAUCUCACAAAAAAGUUAUAGCUACGUUAAUUUUUGUUUUAUUAUUGUUUUAUUUUGUUUUGAAUAUUUAAUAUUUAAAUUCUGUCAUUUGUGUUUAAACUUCAAUUUUAACACAAACGUCACAAAUUAAGUUCCGAGAAACGGAAUUUUUCGCUAUUUCGCCCGUUGGUUAAACUGAAACGGUUUUUUUCUGGUAUGACGCAUCACUUUAAUUAUAAAUAUUCACUGUAAAGCAGGAAUUUUACUGAAAUUUAUUCAACACAAAAAUUAAACAUUGGCGAUAGAUGAUAAAAAUAAAUUACAUUUAUAUGGAUUAUUAAAUUAUUAACAAAUAAUAGAUUACCAUAAAUAAAUAAGUAAAAAUAUUAAAUUUAGGAGAAUACACUUAUCACAGCUAGAAAUGUAUGUAGUUAAAAUUUGUAUUAUUUUUUUUUUAAAAAAAACAACAAAAUAAGAACCGCGAAGAAGAAAAAAACGUGUAAAAACAUUUUAAUAUAGUUAUUGAAAAUAUGUAUACGGUUUUUUUUUAUUGUUAAUAUACUUUUUAUGUGUUACAUGUUUGGCUACGGAGUACUAACAUAACAUUUUAUAGGUAUAUUCGAAUCAUCCAACCAUUUGACCUGAAAGCAUUAUUUUGUACUUUUGGAUCGAGAAUAUAAUAAAAAAAAAAAAAAAAAACGUAUUGUUACAUUUAACGAUAAUUUAGUAUUUCGACGUUAAAACCUAUUCAUUUAUUCGGGCUUGAUUAAAAUAAUUUUCGUCACAGUUAACGAUAUUACAAUAUUAAAAGGUCACAACAUUAAAAUUUGUCGUCUCUUUUAGUUCCACAAGUGGUAUAGCGUUGUAACAAUUAAAAAUGGUACUUACUACUUACAAAACCGUAUACGUUCGGGGUUAAGAUUAAAUUAAAUUUCACUUGAAAACGCGCGAGUGGUAACUUAGUAUAGUUAACACAGACGGUUUUCUUUUUAUUUCGUUGUAUAUUAAAUUUCAAGAAAACUAUUUAGGAGUUGAAAUUUUUAUAAUUAGAAUUGUCUAGGUAUGUGCGGCUAUAAAACCAAUGAACUUGUAGAAAUCCAUUUCUUCUCGCGCGGUGAAUAAAAUUUGGUUAAUUGAAUUUUGUAAACUAAUUGAUCUUAGCGAAUGAUCCGUCGUAAUUUUCAUAACGUACAAAAACCAAAUUCAAAAUCAUAUAUUACUCGAAAGAUAGAGUCAAAAAAAAAAAAAAACAUCAAAUUUUAAUCUUGUCGGCCGUUUAAAAGAUCAUUGGAAAACAACAUACACAUAUUUUCAAUGUGCUUUUAUCGUUAGAAAGCUAUCGAAAAACGCCAUUUUUAUAUUAUUAUAAAUUUAAAUUUAAAAUUACAGUUUAACUGGUCAACAAAAUGUUUAUUUUAUUUUAAUGCUGCUGCUUUCCAUAAAAACGCUUUGAAAAUCACGCAAGGAAUUAUUAUUAUUUAAUAACUAUUUAUUGCACAGCGCUUAAUGUACUGUAAAUCAAAAAUUGAAAAUAUUAAUAUGUGAAAAUAUUUUUAUAUUUCCAACUGAAAAUAGAAAUGAACAAAUUACUAUCAAAUAUUAGUCAACGUUUGAGGUUCACUUUUAAAUUUUAGAGUCCAAAAACAAAAACGUAGGUAUUAAUAUUACCCGCAGUAAGUUAUUCCCGUAUUAAAUUAUUGAUUGUGACCUUUGAAAUCUUCCCAAUUCAUUUUCUGAAUUUUUUAUCGCCUACGACAUAAAACAACAUGCAUAGCAUAUGGUUUAAUGGAUUUUUUUUCAGUCAUUAUACAUAAACAUAAUAUAAUCACCGUAAAUCCGUUUCGAUAAAAAAAAAACGUCCAUGAAUAUAAUUUUCCCGGACUUUUCGACUAAAUUACGGCCAUCGACGAUUGUAAGAGUUUCUCUUUAACAAACAAAUCACAGCUCAGCAUUCUUCGCUUUCAACAAUAUACUACAAAUAAUCAUUACAGCGUAAACUUUCCGACGUUAUUACCGCGUUUAUACGCAGUCGCUAAUACGCAUUAAUAAUAUACGCAGUAAAUAUCCGUACACAGCUAAUGCGUAUUACUGUACAGGUGUUUAAAUAGAUGUUAAAUGUUAGAAUCCGAACUCCCCGAAGUAAAAAAUGUAUAAUGCACACAUUAUAUUAAAAUUUCGAACGCAAUUCCCCUCGAAAAUUGCAAUCUACUUUUCGUUCGCGUGCAUUUCUCAAAUCUCAAUACCAGACUACCCGAGUCAGUCCGUGAUUAAUAUUGGACUGCAGAAAAAUACUGGCACGCUUUAACGAAUCGAGUACACUUUCGAAAACGCAGUUGAGCGCGCGAGUUAAAAACCAAAACACGCACAAGUCAGUGGCCGCGGUCAAUGGCCACUACCGACUCGGUGUAAACGCGGCAUGUAACGCGUUCGGUUUGGGCCGUUCCGAUUCGAAAAACCGUAUCCCACCACGCGCACUACGAUACAUUCCAGCCGCAGUGUUACGGUCUAAAUUCAAACCGAGCACCCGGUCGUGUGUUGUAAAAAUAUUUUAAUCGAUUUCCCAAUAAUAUAAUAUUGAAUUAUGUACAGCUGCGAAACCAAUCGUUAAUAGCCGGCGGGAUUAGACGCUAAAACCGCGACGUGACUACUCAAGUUUAAGACUUGAGACCCAAAGUUGUGACUCUCUCUCUCUCUCUCUCUCUCUCUCUCUAUCCCGAUGUAUAUUUAUAGUACGUUUAACAACCGUAACACCUUAUUAGAACCGAACGAAAUGAACUUUCGUUGACCAGUGUGAACUCGUUUCGUGGAGAAGCCCGUUAGAACACACACACACACACACACACAAACUAUAUAUAUAUAAUUUGCGAACGUUACCACGCGAACCGGAGGGCUGUUAUAUUAUAUUAUUAUCGAUUAGGGGAGAGCACAGCGUAAAAACGCCGUGGAGGCACGCGAAUCGCAAAAACGACGGCGGAAGGAUGCGAUAAUAUAACGAUAUAAUGUACGUAUAUACGUACACGCGUUUAUACGACUGUAGUAAUAAUAUUACAUUGUCGUACACACACCGACACACACCGACACACACUACACACACAUAAUAUACGCGCACACACACACACACACACACACACACACACACACACACAAUAACGAAACGAAAAACCAAUUGCACGGUGAUACACAUUUAUGUAGAUUUUUUUUUUUUUUCUUUUGGUGAUUACGAAUAGUUUGCGUGUCGGGUAGAGAGGAUUAUCCGUUCGGAUAUGAUUGGUCCGGAGGCGGCGCGGUACCGGUUUUCGUCGGGAACGCGCGUUUCCCUUUUUCGCCAACACGGGGUGAUCCGUUCAAUAUGCGGGCUACACUAUCGACAGCGUUUUCGAAAAAGUAUUGACUUUUUUCAAAAUGUCUUUUGCGACAAUUUAAGCAGCGAACGGUCCCUGCAAAAUGUUACUUGGACUUUUUUCUUUUCUUUUUUUCUAGCAUCUUUAUUUUCGGGGGUGAAUCUAAUUACUUUUGAAUUUCAAACGGCGACCUAUAUUGAGAAUUCCAUAAAUUGAUCGAGUUUAAAUAAAUUGUUUAUUUGCUUUUAAAUCGCCACGCAACGGGCCACGCCCCCCCCCCCCAACUACUCUCCGCCCACCAAAAACUGAAAUGUAGAAUAUCUCGUUAAAAAUGUCAACGUUAAAAUGUAUUCGAUCUAAUACUCCAUCUGUUAAUGAAAUUCUUAAUAUUGGUUGUCAUUUGAAAAUCAAAAGUAAAUAAUCGUUUCACACCCAAAAAUUGGUGUGACAGAAAAUAAUAUUAAUUAAAAUGAUACAUACUUAUCUCUAAAAUUUCAAAACAAUAUUUUUUUUUUAAGUCAGUACAUUUCGAGCCACUUAAAUGGAUCACCCUGUAUAUAGGUUUUCAAUAAAAUGUGCCGUUCCCUUUUCCUACACCAAUACACUUUUCCACCUAUAUACCGUGUAUAGUAAAAUCGAAUUAAUUUUACAUUUAAGAGGACGUUGCAAGUACAUUUGUCGUCUCUGUCUUGUAAACGCAUGACAGUAAAUUCGCAUUCGACAGUACCAAUUAUGUGCUUUUGAUUUCAUUAUUAAAGCGAAUUUAUCGAUCGAUCAAAUUUAAAAGCAAGAACAUGUCUAUAUUUAUACAUCGUUUUUUUUUUUUUUUUUAAUAUUUUACUUGGUAAGUGAGACGAGAAUUUAUGAAAUAUCACAAUUUAUAAAAUAUAUUUACAUCCCGCUUAAAAAUUAAAAUAACGAAAAAACAAACGUAUCUAUGAACACAGAUAAUGUACUCAUCUUUAAGUAUGAUUAUGGAUCAAUUCGUCAAAUAUGUAAAUUUCCGCAAAUUUUCUAUACCGUGCGAUUUUAAAACAGAGACCUAAAAUGAAUGUGUAGCGUCCUUUAAAUAAAAAAAAAAUAUAAUUAAUCGGUAUACAAUGUGUAAUUUUAAGUUAGAAACACUCUAUAACUUCUCAUGUAAAACAUAUUUUGAACUCGGUUCUUUUGGAUGCUUAACAACACUUUGUAACAUACUUAUAAAACAAAUUAAACUAUUAUUAUGACAUUUAAUUUCGUGCGUGCGCGUAUCAACUUUUUAUUUUUAAUAAAAACCCCCUUUACUUUUUUGGAUAACUAUUUUUACUCUUAAAGUUUUUAUUUAUUUUAAUGGUCGAACAAAAAUCAUAAUUUAAAAAUAGUAAAGUUAUGGAUAUUUAAAUGUUCUUUGGAAAUUGUUGGAUAGAAACUAAUGGGAUAAUGAAAUGAUAACUUAGAUCCCCGGUAACUUCUUAAUUAGACUAAUUUUGUGUGUACUACUUUUUUGUUCAUAUCUAAAAAAAAUUGUUCUAUGCACAUCCGCCUACUAGUUUUAAUGUCUUAUGCAUUUGAAAGAUAAAAUAAAUACGGCGUGUAUUCAACUUACUGACGGGCGAGUUUUAACUGUAACAAUUGAUAGAGUAUUCCUAUGUAGGGCAGAAAAAUGCUCAAAUCAUAAUAGACAGCAGUUUGAAAAAUUUAUAAGGUUAAAAAGUGGAUUGUAUAGUUUUUUUUUUUUAAUCGCCUAGGAAGACAAAUUAUAAAAAGAAAAGAAGUAAAUUAUAGUACGGGAAGAUGAUUAUUCCUCUCCAAAGUACUAAAAAUAGCACUAAAAAAUAUCAUCAUAUGACGAUGGUGUUAUAAUGAAUAAUUUAAAUCAUCAUAUUGGUCGAUAAUAUAAAAAUGUCAAAAAAUAAUACCAAACAUUUAAAUAUCCAUAACUCGUCUACUUUUCAACUUACGAAGUUGGUUUUACCAUUAAAAUUCAUAAGAAAUAUACGAAUAAAAACAAUUAAAAAAAGAGCAGUUCCAUUUAAAAAAAAAAAAAAAGUUGUUAUGCGCAUUUGUGAAAUUGAAUGAGAUACAAAUAGUUUAAUUAGUUUAAUAAUUGUAUAACAAAAUUUAUUAGGAAUCCAAAAAAACAGAAAGCAAAUAUAUUUAAUAUGAGUAGAUUUAUUGUGUUUCCAACUAACGAUUACACACUGUACACAUAUUAUACAACAUAACUAAUUUGGAAAACAGCAAGGGUUGGUGAUAAAGUAUAUUGCCGCUGGAAGAGGGAAAAAGUUAACCUCCGGACGACAUGUUUGAACGUAAACUGUUCGAAUGGUCGGUUGUUAGACAUUUUUCGUGUGUACUAAUAUAAAUUCGAAUGUUCAAAAUAAAUUAAAAGAGAUUUGAAAAAUUAUAAAAUGAUUUUAUCGUUUUCAUACCAGCGAUAUGACAAACCAUUAUAAUUCGAAAAAUUUUAAUUUUCGAUUUCCCAAAUAUAAAAUUCUGAUUUUUCCUAGCCAACUACUUCUCCGACUUUCAUUUAACUCAUCUCUUUUAAACAUCUUACGUAUGUUAUGGUAUUAAUCUAACUAGUCUACCGUCUUACUCGUUUUUUCCUGAUAUGUACUUGCUACUUAUUAAUAAAAAUAGUCAAAUUCUAUUUUACAAUUAAAUUGUUAGGUUUUAUUAAAAAAAUUUAAAAAAUAACUUUUAGAUUCUAAAUGGAACGAGGAAUAUCUAGGAUUUACAAUGAUGUUUAUUUUUAUUUUAUUUUUUUCUAUGAGAAAGUAUACUCCGAUUAUAAGUAUCUUAACUUUUCUGAAAGAAAAUGUUCUCUGGGUGGUACUUUAAAGAGGUCAUUUUUGUUGAAAUGCCCAUUAAUAUUCGAAACAAUGAAGAAAACCUGGUUCUUCAGGUUAAAAAAGAUUGAAAGGUUAAAAAUAAGGUUGUCAUUGGCAACCGUUUUUAUUAAUUUGUUGAUAUUAUUAAGUUUUUUAAACAAUCAUUGUUCUCAUGGAAACGCCCAUUGUUAAAAAAUGUAGGUAAAAAGCUGAUAUUAUCGAUUGAAGUCUGCUCAGAAUCAUUUUUUCGUUUACAAUGGUUUAUCGUUGGUUACAGAUAUACAUAAAACAGCAUUACAUAAAACUUCGGUCUUUAAAUUGAAAAGGGACGUAUAUAUUUCGCAUAUGGAUGCAGCCACUGUAAUAGGUGAGAGGUUAGGAAGGUAGGAUACAGAUGGAAGUUAAAUGUAUAUCUGUAAGCGACGGUAAACCAUUUCUAACGAAAAAACGAUUCUGAGCAGAGUUCAGCUGAUAAUUUUGCUUUUUCAACGAUGCAAUGUAUAAUAUAUCAUAUUAUGGUAAAAUGAUUACGACAAUGUACGUUACCAUGACGAAAAUUAUUGUUUAAAAAAGAUUAAAAUAGUAAUAAAAUAUAAAUAAAAACGUUUGCAAAUGCCGGCCUUAUUUUUAAUCGUUCAAUCUUUUUUAGCAUAAAGAUCGAGGUUUUCCUCAUUAUCUCGAAUAUUAAUGAGAAUUUCAAAAAAUUACCUCUUCAAAGUACCGACCAGAAAACAUUUCCUUUCAGAAAAAGUGCUAUACUUGGUAAUCGGAGUAUGCUUUCUAGAAGAAAAUGUGUUCACAUAAAAAAAAAAAAAUAAAAAUAAGGAAAUAAACAUCAUUUUAAAACCGAUACAUUCAUCGUUCAACUCAGAAUCUAAAAUAAGGUUGUCGUUAGCAACCGUUUUUAUUUAUUUUUCGUCAUCAUUCAAUUUUGAUUAUUUUAUUCUUUUUUAAACGAUCACUAUUGUCAUGAAAACACACAUUGUUGUAAUCAUUUUACUCUAAUACGACAUAUACCAUACAUUGUAUUAUUGACAAAGCAACAUUAUCAACUGAACUCUGCUCAGAAUUGUUUUUUCGUUAGCAGUGGUUAAUCGUUGCUUAAAUAUGUACAUUAUAUUCCCAUCUGCAUACUACCUUCCCAACUUCCUACCUACAACAGUGUCUGCACCCAUGUGCGAAAUUUGUCCGAAAAUUUUCAUUUUAUUAUUUUGAAUUUAGGGAUACUAAGAACCCCCGUAUGUGCGCCAAUGUCCACCACCCAGGCCAUCUCUAGUCCUAACAUCGUUAGUUUCUCUCACCUGUGGUUCCCAUCGUGCAAUGCGAUACCUACCGUCCCCGCGCACAUCUAAAAUGAGACGAUCCACCUAAGCCUUGUUUAGGACUGUUCAGGACUCCUCUUACGGUUUGACAAAAUUAUACACCGGAAUGUCGAACUGACGCGACCCCAUUUGUCACCUUUUACGAGUAUAUUGAUCUACUCGCGUAGAGAAUCUGGUUGAAAUUAUGUAAAAAAAAAAAAAAUAAAAAGAUAAUGUGUACACAAACAUAUUGUAGAUGUCUUUAGAUUUCGAACUUUACAACGUAGGCACAUAAAACAUUUCUUACAAUAAACGGCCAUUCGAACAGUUUUUACGCCCGAACGUAAUAUUGUGUUGACUUUGGACCAAGUCGUACUCGAACAAAUAACCCUGACCCGUGUGUGUGUGAGUAUUUACGCGUGCGUGUAUGCGUAUCCGCGCUAGUCUUCGCAAUCGGAAUUUGACCGGAGCCGAAAACGGCUGUUUGUGACCACAGGUGAUAGCCGUAAUAUCGAUACUGUUCAUCAUAAUGUCGACGGUAGCGCUGACGCUCAACACGAUACCGUCACUACAAGUGAAAGACGAACUGACGAAUACUUUUCAAGACCGGCCGAUUUUCGCCUUGGUGGAAUUGGUGUGCAUCACGUGGUUCACCCUCGAGUACCUACUCCGGUUCAGCGCGUCGCCCAACAAAUGGAAGUUCUUCAAAGGUGGCCUGAACGUGAUCGACCUGCUGGCCAUACUGCCGUACUACGUAUCCCUGAUACUGGUGGCCGAGACGGACAAAACGGACACGCAUCAGUUCGACGACGUCCGCCGGGUGAUACAGAUAUUCCGGAUCAUGCGAAUUCUGCGAAUACUCAAGCUGGCCCGCCAUUCCACCGGGCUGCAGAGCCUCGGGUUCACGUUGCGCAACUCGUACAAGGAACUUGGACUGCUCAUGUUGUUCCUGGCCAUGGGCGUAUUGAUAUUCUCCAGCCUGGCGUAUUUCGCCGAGAAAGACGAGAAAGACACCAAGUUCGUGUCGAUACCGGAAACGUUCUGGUGGGCUGGCAUUACGAUGACCACGGUAGGGUACGGCGACAUUUACCCGACCACGGUUCUGGGCAAAGUGAUCGGAGGCGUCUGUUGUAUCUGUGGCGUGUUGGUUAUUGCGCUGCCCAUUCCCAUUAUCGUCAACAAUUUUGCCGAGUUCUAUAAAAACCAGAUGCGGCGGGAGAAGGCGCUGAAGCGCCGCGAAGCACUGGAGCGCGCCAAACGCGAAGGAAGCAUCGUGUCCUUUCACCACGUCAACCUCCGGGACGCUUUCGCCAAGAGCAUGGACCUAAUCGACGUGAUCGUCGACACUGGUAAGUCGUCCACUGGGACGCCGCACCGUUCCUCCAUUUCAGUAGACGCCACCGGCUCUUCCUCUUUCCUAUCCCAAAACCCAUCUACUGCUUAUCGUCCUCCGAUCACCGUCCGCGCAAUCGAAUUGCUUUAUACUGUACUUGCGCGACGUCACAUCCUUCAUUCUACUCUUAUCAAGAUAAAUUCAAGUCGAUGCGUUUGUGUAGUAGAAUAUUAUUCUACAUAGCGCCAUUUGAUGAUAAUGACAUCAAAAUUUUAUUUUAUACAAUAAUUGAUAAAGAACUUUUAAAAAAAAAAAAACCAUUAUGAAACAUGUGUAAAACUGUAGUCGAUUUUCAGAAAGCGAUAUACCGAAGCUGUCCAAGCAGAAUUCGAUCCGAUCACAGGGUAAGUCAUCGUUGUUUUGUACAAUUAUAACGAGAAAUCUCGGCAAAAUUUCAAAUCGCAUUAUUUUUUUUUUUAUUUUUUUUUUAUUAAUUGAUCUGGAAAUUUUUUUUGUUUUUAUAAUUCUCCUGAACCGAAAUUCUGAAAUUACCUUAUACCGUACUUAUCAAAUUCUGUAGCGUGAAUAGAUUUUAUUUUUAGAGUUAUUUUCAAAAUAUUUCGCUAUUUUCGAUUUCAAAAUCUGUUCAUACGUUUCGCACGACAACCGUUUUUCGAUUGCUUUUUCGAAACUCCACGAGCGCGGUGUACUGCUUUACGAAUUAAACGUCGAAGCACUUAAAACAUUUUGAGGAAAGGAAACAGUACGGAUCUAAGCACUCGGAACUUUCCUUUGAACUCAAAUUAAAAACAGAACUCGUGAAUGAUGCAUACGCGCGGUAAAAUGUCCAUUAAAAGUUUUAAAGUUUGGUUUAUUUUUUUUUUUUGCUUAGAUCUUACACCCCCUACCGAUCACAUUAUUGUCAUUACCGAGUCCCGGCGUUUUCCUCCGCUCAUGGUCCUCUAAUAAAUUAAAUGAGUUUAAAGCGAUUUAUACUAUAAAUACUACGCUAUAAUAUAUUACAUAAUGUGCAAAUUUUAUCGUUUUAUCAACGGUUAAAUACGUAUAUACAGGGUAUGAUGGCGACUCGAUGUAUUUCGGUUGUGAACUACGCGUUUGUUAUAUACGCCGAUUUAAAUAUUUUGUUGACAGAAAACUCAGCUGGCAGUGAUUUUUAUCACCAAAUCGCAUAAUAUAAACAUUCCGCAUACGAACCCUUUCUAAACCUAUGCUGGUUACUUUUACCCGGUAAUCAAGUGUGUUGGCUCGGGAACAUGUUACGUUUAUGGGUGCACAAUAAAUCAAAGUUGAUAUUAAAUAUAGUAUAAUUAAAAAAUCGAUUCGUUAUAAUAUGACGUGCAUUGUAUUAAUGACGAAAGGAAAUUUAUAUUUUAUUUGUUACCUUAUAAGCACACAAAAAUAAAUCAAGAAGCUGCAGUAACGUCGGAUCCUUCAACCUAAAAUAUAUAACCGUUUGAGCAGCAUAAAUAUAAUUUCUUUUUUUUUUAAACUGAAUUUUGAACCUACACAUUAUCAUUGUCUACGGUUUUUAAUAAACUAAACCAUUUGCAAUUCAUAAUUCGCGUAUACUGGUUAUACACCGGUGCGGUGUAUGGAACAGACGAGCAGACGAGUCCAUCGGGAAAACUCCCGCAUUCCCAGCUCGCAAAUUCGCCCUGUUAUUUGAUCAAUGAAUACGGGUUCAAUUCCGUCGAUCGCAACCAAAUUGUGUUUCGCAUUUUUUUUUUCUGUUAAUUAGUUUCGACGAUACAACAACGUAAUUUUCCAAUUUCCCCCUCUAAUUUUACCAGUGACUCAACUACGGAGGUGCUAAGGGGUACUGAGACACCCCCAACUUAACUUUAAGCACCCCCAGAUCCCAUGCCGUUGUAAUUUAAAAUACCUAUAAUAAUUUUAACAAUAUAAUUUUAUCUUAAGAAUUUAUGAUCAGUUAGUAAGACAAAAAAUAUUUUUCAAAUCUCUAUAAACUAAUGCAGUUUGCAUUAACCAUCCCAGGCAGUUCAGCAACAUGCAAAAAUUAAACCGAUUUGCUGAGAAAUAGCAUGAGACAGUGAUAAUUCCUCAACUUACGUAUCAUUAUCAUUGAGAGAGACUUAAUGAAUGAAAUUGAACCUAAAGGAAUAUUGAAUAAAUUUGCUUCCACCGAUUAAAAAUUAUUUUUAAAAAUUUAAUAUUACACAAUAAAACAAUUAAAAAUAAAUGUGUUAAAAUUGUCAAUGUAAUAUUUCGGAGAGUGUGUAUGGGUCGCGCCUUUCACGGCUAUGUGAGUUUCAUAAUUUUACCACCCCCAAGAUUUGGACUUUAAUUGCGCCGCUGGCAACUACACAUUUCAUUUACAAUUUUGUGUGUACAAAUACUCGUAUUUAUCAUAAAUAUUUUAACAUAAUUUCGUUUACGUACACAUCAUUGUCUGUAGGAAAUCUGUGUUUCGUCCUGCUCAUUAAUAACCUAUGAAUUAUACACGGAUAAAAUAUUUAAUCAUUACUAUGAAAAAAGCUGAUCAGGUUUUCUUUUGGGGGGGCUGCUAAUUUUAAACUAAGGGUUGCUAAAAAACUCCUUGUACCACCCUAGUUGCUCCUGUAAAACUUUAUCUGAACCCAUCGUGGAUUUUCAUUGACUGUGGUUAUAUUGGGUUUAUGUUGACGCUCGAGACACCAACUUCCUCUGGACAAUAUGGGAGUCGGAGAUAACGCGCUCAUUUGUCGAUACGCGCACGUCGGAUGUACCGUGUAACGAGCGACGGGUUUUAUUUCGCCGUGCGGAACGGUUACGUUAUUCCACCGGAUCUCUGCGCUAGUUGUAUACGAUAAUAAUAGGUGUGUUUUAGCAAUCAACCUGAUUCGACCUGAUCCAUUGUCAGUUAUAGUUAAACGAUUUUUUGGUGAAUGGUUAACUAGAUUCGCGAAAACGACAUGUUUAUGGUUAUUUACAAAUAAUAUUAAUUGAUAAUAAUAAAAAAAAAAAAAGUAUCGACUAUAGACAUCUAAUCGUUAAUUUAUCAAUAAUCAAACAUCAAAACCGUUAAUUUCGUUAGGUUAUGAUAUUUCAGUAACCUACAAUCGAAAGUUAUAACCAAAGUAAUAACCAAAAUCGCCAAAAACGACUUGUUUAUAAAAUACAAUAACUGGGUGAUUAUUAGCCAAAAUACGUCUAAUAACAUGUGAUUGCGAUAAAAACACCGUCCGCCAACGACGGCCAUGACACUUGCGUAUCACAAAGUCGCCAUCGUACCUACCGAUAUAUUUAGCCACGGUUUUACCUGACCGUAUGUGUGUUUGUGUGCGUGUGCGUGUACGUGCGGAUGUGUAUGUAUGUGUGUGUGUGUGUGUGUGUGUGUGUGUGUCCGUACAGUGGGCAGCAAUUAUUCGCAGUACGACGGGACGAGUAGCGGCAGCGAGACGGCCCCGCUGAACCCAACGCCUGCUCGAGGAGCCGCCACAUCUAAAUUGGAACACCAGACGCUGUUGGACAUUGACAAUCCGGAACAAAACGCCAAUUCGUUCGGCAGACCGUUCGAGAGUUCAGUAAGUAUACGUAAACGAAUACACACGGUACACUAUAAUAUUAUACAUAUGUAUAUUGUAAUCAUAUCCGUCAUAACAUGACGGCCCUGAUUUAAAAACGAAACAAAGUUCUUGCGCGCUACUUACUUUGAGGUCAUUUUCGAAUAAAAAAAAAAAAGAGACUGGCAACAGUCAAAAACGAGCAAAAUAUAAAAAAAAAAUUUUUUAAAAACCAACAACAAUACAUUGAUUAAGAGGUAGACUAUGAGUAUACCGAACACGAGUUUAAUCACAACAACAAUUUGUUUAAUGUUAAUUACUAUAAGCGUUUUACUUGUUUUUUUUGUUUUUUUUUUUUGAAAUUCGGCAAUAAUAUCUUCAAACGUUUCAAACUUAUUUUUGGAAUCAUCACGGUGGACUGCCAGUAACUCAGAAUUCAGCGUCUCUGGUGUUAAAAAAUAACGCAUUCGAAAAUUAUAGAUACCUGUACAAUGUAUAGUAUACAUAAUAUAAUUAACUAAAAUGGUUGUUUACAUUCUUUUUCAUAAUAAUCGUUUGAUAACAACUCAAUCGCAUGUCUACCAAAAACAUCUUUAUUGUAUUAUUUUUUUUUUUUUUUUUUCGGAGGGAACGAGGGUUGUGAUUGUGCACCGCACGCACGUGCGUAAAUCAGGACUUGAAUAUGGACAGUUGAACUAUAUGUACUGUGUUGUACAGGUGGGGAUAGAGAUUUUUAAUUUGAAGGGGGAGGGAGUUGAUUUUUUGCGAACACAGUAUGUGCAUGAGCAAAACAGUCGUAAGGUAAUCUCUAGUCGUAAUUUUAAGUUUAACAAAAAAUCGAUUGAAAGAAAUGAUUCCAAUAAUCAACCCGCCUACCUACUUACCGACAUCAAAUUUUUGAGGGCUACGAUUUUCCUCUACUCUUUAUUCACCUUUUAGGUUUACGCACAUACCAAUAUAGUAUACGCAAUCUGUGUCCUGGAAUCGGAAUGUCACUAUUUUAAUUACGGGACUAAUUCCGGUUUUCUGGAAUAUCGUACGUGACUGAAAUUUACAAACGGUCAAAGGUAUUUUCACGUCAUUUUCGAAAGUAUAAUAAAAAUAAUGAAAAAUCUACGCCCCUUAAUUUUUUGUAUUAGAUUCCGAGCGUAGCGAACUAUUGAUUUUACAAUGUUGUUUAUUUUUUCUUCUUUUUCUUUGUUCUAGUCUGUGGACACGUAUAUUCCUAGUAAACUUGCUCCGAUAUUUACGUGUAACAACUUUUCUAAAAGCUCAAGUUAUCUAGAUGGUAUUUUAAAGAAGUAAAUUUUUGAUUUUCGACGCCAUUUUUUAAUUAAAAAGCACUUAAAAGGGAACUUAAGUUCACGAUUUGUUUUAUGAAACGGACGAAAUUUUCUCCCAGAAAAAUUGAUUUAAUCCAAAAAUCACAAAAUAUGUUUUUUGUUGCCUUUUUGAUUUACUUUCUUACGGUAUCAUUGCCAAAACUUUUGAGUCAUUUUUGAACUUUUAAGGAAUUUUAAUUUUUGGAAGUUUUUUUUGCUGUAAUUCGGUUAUAAAUAAACAUAGGGGCUUUAACCUGGGUAAUAAUACUCAUAUUGGACUUACCUAGACGUGGUAAAUUUUCCAAAAUCAUCGGACGACUUUUUAUUUAUAAUAAGCGUUUUGAAAUCAAAUUUAAACGAAAAUCACAAAUAAAAAACUACGGCAAUUCAAAUUAUGUAUUACCAAACUGCGCUCGGAAUCGUCUUUCGACAGCAAUGGUUUAUCUUUGCUUGCAGAUAUAAAUGAAAUAACGUUAUGUAUCCUACCUUCCCAACUUGGCCGCUCCAAUUCCCAGUAUCAGCUCUUUUUUUCCUUUUUUUUAUUUAUUGAAACCACCCAAGCGUUUUAUUUACUUUUCAUUUCAAAAUAACCGUGUUUUAUUUUUUUAUAUGUUUUGUAUACAUGUAUAAAAUCCACAUAAAAACGAAUUACAUUAUUUUUCCAAACUCGAGAUUAAUGGAAAUAUGAGCAAAACGUUUUCCCGUUUUCUCCUCUAGCACGAUAAACUUUGAUGUAAAAAAACGGAACAGUUUAUUUAAUACAAUAUACGUCAUUAUUUUUUUUAAAAUAUAUUUUUAUAACCGCGACGAGACACAAACUCGCCCGUUCCACCGACCAUCCGAUCAGAAAUGCUACGCUUUUUAUUUUUCGAAUUUAAACCGUAUUAUUUGUCACGACCGCCAACUUUUAAUCGAAGUAUAGUUUUGAAAUCAAUGAAAGUAUUUCUUUUUACAGUGGUGCGCAAUUUACGGUCGAGAGUUAUCCAUUAAAUGACGAGUAUUCACUUGUAUAUUCCUGCGUCGGAAGUUGAUCGAGGAGCAACGGGCGAUCACCCCUACAGCCCUCCGGUAGCUCCAAAAUAUACUCUUAGUCCCGAUUUUCUCUGAACUUUAUUUGCAUCGUAAAUGUAUGCCAUAUGUGAAUUUCCAAAAUUACCCCCACCCUCCAGUUUUCUCGUCUCACAUCAGACUUUUUACUGCACUAUUUCAAAGUCUUUGUUCGUAAAUUUAUUUGUUAGAUACCUAGUGAUUUCGCCAUUUACAUUGGCGAUUAUUUUUAUAGUUAUGUGUAAUUUUUCGUUUCGUAUAUUACGGGCAACAGUAUGUUAAAAAAUAUCAGUUUUGGAAAAUUGCUGGAAGAUUUUUAUUUUUUUAAAACUCAGCUAAAACAUAAAUAUGGAAUGGAGUUUGUUUAUGUUUUGGAAAACCGUGCAUAAGAAAUAUUCGAUUUGAGCCCUGCACAGUGCACAAUGUCAAAGACGUUCCCGUCUUCACAGAAUAUAGUAUAUGCAAUGCGCACACAGAAUGGGUAUUUAAAUCCCACCCUGAAAUAUUUAGGUACGUUUUGGAGCUUUUAUUGUGAUGAUCCGAAAGGUCGCGUUCUUACAAUGGGAGCAAUUUACUUCGUUACUCGUGUUAUGAUAAUACAUUAUAGGCUUACACUGUAUUUCGCGAACAAAACUCUUUUGUAGAUUAACGGUACACAAUAACGCUAGUUAAGUAUACAUUCAGUGGAAAACCUCUUGAAAUGCCCUUUAAAAAAUAUAUAUAUAAAUAUUUACAGGGUGAUAAAUAGGACAGAGGACAUGUAGUUCUAAAAAAAAAACCACUAAAUAUACAACUUAAAAUAUGACGGUAAAGCGUAAGCCCUGAGCCUCGCGAUUUUUACUUAGAUUUUAGUCCCCUAAUAUAUUAAAGUACAUAAAUAUUUAAAAUUUCGGCCUAGACCUUACAAAUCCUAAGGACGGGCCAGUUUACGACUUCAUCAAUAGCCUUAUAGAAUUAAUUUCGAACGCAAUUAAAAUAGCUCUUUGUACGCUUUAUUAAUGUCAACGUGUUAUAAUACUGAAAGCUUAUUUUUUUUAAUUAUUAAAUUUCAAAAUGUGUGUUAGGAGGUGGGUAUAGGUAUCAUAGCUACUUAAUAAAAUGCUUAUAAUUAAACAUUAUAAAUACACGACGAUAAAAUAAUAAUUAAUGAGUCAGAACAUGUUUUCAACUCCCUCGUAUCUAAUAUCAACAAGCUGUAAACUAAAAUAUUAUUUAUUACUCAUUCAAAACUGAACCGUUUGUCGAGAUUUACAUAAAAGAAAAUAAUUAAUUAUAUGCGAAAUUAAAAAAAAAAAAAUAUGCCAGUUUGACAAUGACAUUGAAAUUGCUUAAAUUAUAAAAUCAUAGAAUCUACGACUUUUUUUGUAUGUAUUUGUUUUACAAUAAUGUUUAUUUUUUUUUUUUUAAUGUGAACAUUUUUUCUACCAGAAAGCUUACUCUGAUUAUCAAGUAUAGCACCUUAUCUGAAAGGCAAUUUAGUACUUUAGAGAGAUCAUUUUUUUAAAUUCUCAUUGAUAUUCGAGAUAAUGAGAAAAACCUGGUUUUUUAGGUUAAAAUAGAUUGAAAGAUUAAAAAACGGAUCCACCUCUAAAAAUAGCUGAUAGUGUUUCAGGUUCCCUUCAAACAAAAAUUGAAUUUUAUUUAUUGAUUUCUAUAGGUUACCUUGGUUAAGGUGCUAUGAUAAUUUAGUUUUCACAGACAAGAAAACACUCAAUAAUAAACACUAUUAUUAUUACCUUAUACUAUUAUUAACAUUAUUACAUUUUUAUAUAUCGGGCCAAAUUUGUAGUUUAUGUCUAAUAUUUUGAUAGACUUCAUUUUAUUAAAAUAUAUCGCAAGUAGUAUUAUAUUCCAUUAGUAUUACUUACAAUAUAAGUUUUCUUUUUUUUUUCCAAUUACUCGUAACAUUUUAAUAAUAACAAACAUACUCAGAAAGUUUCGCGUACCAACUGUAUAGAUAAAUAAUUUAACUCGAGCGAUUCUUCAGAGAGAUUGUUUUCAUGAUUUCUUGGCCGGAUAUAAACGAAAAAUUGAUAAAAAUAAUAUAAUCAAAUAUCAGCGAAACGUUUUAGUAUACGAAUUAAAUUUUCGCGUGCAAUAAUUGCCGUCGUGUUUGUAAUAUGUUUAUGAUAAUCAAUAACAAUGCCUACGCGCCAAUAUUAUUUAUUGACGAAGUAAUCUAAAUGGUGACGCGCAAUACACAAAACUGUGAUAAUCAGGAAAAUAAAAAUCAGGAACACAUUUCUGCUAGGAAUAUUAUGCCCGUGAAAGUUAGUUAGGUAUGUCAAUGAGUAAUCAGAAAAAAUCAGAAAAGUUAUUGUCACGAAAAAAAAAAUUCAAAGGACCGUAAGAUUCGGCAAAUAAAAAUAGGAAAAUUAUUGCCCCGUUAUCGUUACAAUUAUCAUUGCAAUAAGAUAGCUUUUCUGUACUAAUCAUUCCUUCACAUACUGUGAAUUAUCGUCCUGCGUUUUAUUUUCCCGGCUUUGACGCAAACGAUCUCCGUGCCCGUCUCGAUUUUUUUUCAUAAUCACCGAUUCGGAAUUAGAAAACUCCGAUUUUGUCCGCGGUAAGUAUUAAUACCUUAUACGAGAUGCAGAAUUUCCGCCCAGCGGCACUUUGUACACGCGGAACAAACUUUAUUUGGGAAAAAUAUGGAAAAAAAUCUACAGACGGUCUAUCCGAACGAUACGCUUGUUAUAUUUUUUAAAGAAUAUUUUCAUGUUAACAUAAUACGAGUAAUUGUUCGUAUUCUAUAAUAAUAUGUAUAAAUUGUGUGUAAUAGUAGUAAUAUGUUAAAACGUUAUUUUUAUAAGUAAUUUUUUUUUUUUUUAAUUACAAAGUUUGUGCACACGUUGACGGAUAUCAUUACUCGCCAUAAAAUAGUGUUCAUAUAUUAUCCGAAUUAAACACCCGUCGUGAAAUGUACGCGUAUAGCGGGCGUAAUACAACAAUAUUUCCGUCCGAAAGAAAUCAAUUACCGAAAUAACCGCACGGUACAAAGAAAUGCAAUAGUAAAAUAGCAAAAACGAAAUGCGUUAAUAAAUUAUAAUUUAAGCAAUACACUCGGGAGAAGAGGGAGGGGGUACGGUAGAGGGAUCGGACGAUCGUUUAUUAUUGUUAUAAAAACCGAGCGAACCGCCGAGUUUCAUUGAUGAAUCAUCCGAAACGAGAGGUCAACGGGUCGGACAAAAUGUAUCCAUUUGAACGCGUGGUGUUCGAUUGGUUCGGGCGCAGUUUAAUUUUUACCCUAUUGACGACGUAGGUAUUCGCAUGCGGGUGACCCACGGCCUGGAUUCUAUCGUUAAAUUAAAAACCGUAUUACUCUGUACCGUUAUUAUUAUUAUUAUUGUUUUUAACGCAAUGUAAAUGUGUCCGAAAAGUGAUGCCAAUAUCGUCGUAUUGGUACCUAUUCGAAUCAAGCUUACUGAUUUUUAUGUUCAUGCAGUUUUUGUUUGGUUUUUGCGUGACAUUUUUUUUUUUUUUUUUUUUUUUUUUUUUUUAUGAACUUUUGUUUUGUUUUUCUUUCUAGGAGAAAAUGACCGUGAGUUGUUUUAACGAAAAAUUAGACGAAAAUUUCAAUGAGUUCGAAUGUUGCUCUUGUAGACAAAAGGUAUAUACAGGAACUUGAUUUUAUAACGACGCAAUUUAUUUCUAAGAUUUAAAGUCUUACUAAAAGUAGACGUUAUAUACGUAAUACAUACCUACUAUUAUAUUAUAAUAUAUUAUUUCUUUUAGUUGCAAGUAGAGUUAAAAAAAAAAAAACCUAACAUUAGUUUUGAUUACAUAAUUAGAUUGACUAUUCACUAGAUAGGUACACUGUUAUUUAUUUUGACUAAAUUAUACAUGUCGGUUUGACAUUUUUUUUUUUAGUUACCGCGGGGCUUAUAUUUUAAAUAGGCGUAUAGAAAUUGAAUAAACACGUAAUUACACAUUUAUAACUUUUUUGGAUAUUUCAAUUUUAAAAUUAUUAAUUACUGUAUCGAUAUAUUAUAGUACUAUGUAUUUUUCUAUACCGAUUUGAUAGCUAUUAUUUUAGUUUUCGUGUUUAGAUAAAUUCCAAUUUAGACUGAACCACUUAUACAACCAUGUGUAUAAUCUUAUAUUAUAGAUGUAGUACCGUCAUUCUCAUUGUAUAUUCACUUUUUUUUCUUUUUUUCUUUUUUUUUUAUACAAACAUGAUAAGUAUUAUUAUUUAACACGCAACAUUUGUUGUUUCGUUAAAUUGUCAACGAUUCCGUUUGAUUUCGAAAUAGUGAAACCCGAUUGUAAAUUCAAAAUUCGAAAAAAAUACAUUUUACUCGAAAUCGAGUAAUGUGUGCGUACCCUAACCCUAACCUGACCUGACCUAUAGGAUAGAAUACAUUUUGAAAGGGCAUUGUAGUAAAACGUUCACCGAAGUGAAAUAUUUCCCACCAGCACAAUGUCUCGCUCUUUUAAUUUAAAUAUUUUGAAAUAAUUUUAAACGCAAUGUUAUUAUCUAACACACUUUUAUAGAUGCCUUAUAAUCUCGAAUCAUGACUAUCAAUCUGUUUACAAAAUUUUAUUUGUAUCGUCAUCACGCAAUAGCAGUCUUCGUCGUUAACCUAACCUAACCUAAAAUAAAAGCGAUCUAAAAAAAAAAAAAGGUCUAUUCAAUUUAUUCGGCCGAUUCCGCGUGUAAUGUGUAUGUACAUCGUCCCGAUUGCAGAGACGCACUAUAACGUCCAAAAAGAUUUAUUCGGUUCUUAUAUUGCAUGAUUGUAAAUUUCUGUAAUACUUUUCGCGAACUCUUUUGCCUGUUGACCUAGAUUUAAUGCAAAACAAAUUUACAAUAGCAAUAGCGUUUUAAGCAAAAUAUCCAUGGACUGUAUAGCGUAAUAAUUUUCGAAUACUACAGCUGCAGUUUGUUAUUACGAAAUUACGCUUUGCACGAGAUUUUCCCGUUUUCCUUGUUAUAAUUCGUUUAUGUAUUCGACGGUAAAAAUGAUACAUUUAAUAAAACACGAACGUAGAUAAUAAUAAUGGAUAGUAUAAUAUGCGACAGUUGAUGGAGAAUGUUUUAUCGAUGGCGAAUGGCAAUAGUGUUCAACGGUAACAUUUUCCAAUAAUUGUCUGCAAUCGUUUUAAAAAUGUUAAAAUUUAUUGAAAACGAAAGACCGUUAGUGCCAUUUUGUUUGAUGGCGGAUAUAAUAUUAUUAUGCAGAGGUAUACAGAGGGUCCCACCAAUUUUUUAUUAUUAUUAAUAAUUACUGACCGAUUUAGAACCCAUUAAUGUUAUCGUAUGCGUACACAAGGCCGUCGUGCUAUCAAUAUCGACCGCUAUCUAUUGAUCCGAAAUAAUAUUCGUGACAAUGUGAAACUUUCGGAGCGAUGGUAUGGAACAAUCGUCCGGCAUGCGGGAGACUCGGGUUCAGUUCCGUGUCUGACGGCGACGGUAAACUUUUCACAAGUUUCCGAGCCGUUGACACUAUAUUUUAUUAAGAAAAAAAUAAAUCAAAAACAAAUAUAGUUGAAUUUUAAAAAAAAAAUCGUAUCGAAAGCAGUGGUUUAUUUAGAAGGGACAUUAGGGAGAUAUAUUUCUCUUGGCAUUUUAGAUUCUGAGCGGAACGAGAAAUGUAUUGGUUUUACAAUGAUAUUUAUUAUUUUAUUUUUUAACUGUGAACAACUUUUCUACCAGAAAUUUUGCUCAGAUUUUCAAGUGUGGCACUUUUUCUAAAAAGUAAUCCGACUGGGGUGGUACUUUAAAGAGAUUAUUUCUUGAUUAUUUUCAAGGAGUCUUCGUAAUAAAUGGGAAAGCCUGAGAAAAACGUAGGAAAAACAGGCAAAUUACGAAAAACGAAAUUAAUAUUUUCAAACAUGUAUAACCGAACUCCGCUCAGAAUCGAAAGCAAUGGUUAAUCAUUGCGUACAGAUAUAAAUUAAAUUUCCCCUCUACAUUCUCAACUUCUCAUUUAUAAAAUUGGUCCUAAAAGUUUAAUUAAAAUGCAAAUAUUUAUAUAAUCCUUAUCCCUGCUGUUCACUAACAGAAUUUGAUUAUCUUUAUUAUCUCAGAAGAUGUUGUAAUGGGGAUAAUUUCGUGGGCUCCUUGUUCAUAAAUUGAAAAUUGAUCAUUUUUUUUUAAGUAAAGGCGUGACAAUAUAAUGUGACGCGGUUUUCAAGUUCACUAUCGCCGACAAAACCACCCUAUACUGAGGACGAGACAAUGCGCGUUAAGAUAGGGGCGGAUCCAGGACAAAAUAACGGAAGGGGGGGGGUUAUUUUGAAAAUGCAUAUGUGAUACGCAUUAAUGACGAGCUCAAUGAUCAAUCAACCUAAAGCCUUGAUUACAUGCGACGAGUUCUCGGCCGAGAUAGUCGCUCGGCCCGGUGAAUAGAAACGAUUUCUAUUCACUCGUUCCAAUGGUUCCGAUUAUUACCGGGCCAAGUACUAGUUCCUUGAGUUCACACGGGACAGUGCUCGGCCGAGUUCACUCUCUCGGCCGAAUGCUCGUCACGUGUAAAUGAACCUUAAGAAUAUAAUACAACUAAGUACAUCGGAGAGCAAACGGGGAGGGAGCGUAUCGCCUACCUGGAUCCGCCACCGCGUUAAGCUUGUAUUUUAACCGUGGUAUACCAUGUAAUAUUUACGGUAUACCCGUGUAACUUUAUCGUGUCCGUGUUAAUGCGAAAUAAUUCUAAUCGCAAAAUCGCUUUCUACGUACAACAAAAUAUAGGACAUUUCCGACGUAAAUACACGCUGUUGUUUUAAUUUAUCAUUAUAAAUACUACAGUAAUUCAGGGGUAGUGUUAUUGUUAUUAUUUUUUUAUUAUCAUCAUUGUUACUAUCGAGACGUAUGAAAUUGAUCACGAUUAGCGAACCGCAAACCACAAUAAUAAUUACACAAUUUUAUCGUCUGUAUACAAUACAUACAUACAUACAUACAUACAUACAUACAUAUAACUAAGUACAUAAUAAUCGCAAAUAGCGGUCUCGUGUAACCAAGAAGAAAAAAAAACAAAUCGAUAUAAAACCACGAUGGUUAAAAAAAAAAACAUAUUCGGGAAAAUAUUAAUCUGUUCGAGUGCGCGUACUACGUGUAACAAAAUAUCAGUGUAUGCGUGUGUGUGUGUGUGUGUGUGUGUGUGUGUGUCAGUGUGUGUAUACACAUUUGGUCUGAAAUUUCGUUGUUUAUGGGUAAACGUUUACUUCGAGUUUUCGGGUUUUAAGUUUUCAGGGCACCAGCCGCUGAGGCGCCGAGACAUUUACUUUUUGUUUAUUAAAUUAUAAUAUUAUAAACGCGAACGCGAACGCGACCGUACGAUAUAUCGCUGUUUGUAAAUUCUCGUUUUUUAAUUAAAUUAUUAAACAGUUCUGAUAAAUUUUUCAAUCUUUUAACGAACGAGUCAUAUUCGUAUCGUCAAUAUAGCGUGUGUAUAAUAUUUUAAUAAGUUUAAUUCAAGCCAUAAAUUUCCGGAAGGGAAAAUACACACAAAUGUUUAUGGUACGGCAUCUGUACCAAAAUAUAGGUAUCUACGAUAUUCGUUUAGUCAACAAAAUACGGAAAAUCGAUCGAAUAAUCUCGGAUUUUGAACUUAAAACGAAAAUCUAUCCAUGUCUUUUUAUUUAACAGUAGGGAGACCUUUUUUUCAAACAGUAUUCCCGAUUCCACCUCUUCCCUCAAGAGUUCUUUUUCUCAAUAAUUCAUUUUUACAAUGCAAUAAUUCCCAAUAGGUUAGUUAUUCAAAAUAUUAAUAGGUUGGUAGGUCAAAUAAAAAAUGGCAGACGAACAGCCCAAUGCAGUACGCUGGCUAAAAUAGGCGAAUGGGUUGACUAUUCAGAACCUACCCUAGUGACAAAGUGGAGGUUUUCCAGGUAGGACUUGAAAAAUAAAAAAGCUGUCCUAGGAUAAUGGGAAUGGAUGCCACCACUGUUGUUGGUGAGAAUUUGGAAAAUUAGAGUACAAAGGGGAAAUUAAUUUGUAUCUGUAAGCAACGAUAAACCAUUGCUUACUAAAAACGAUUCUGAACAGAAUUUAGUUUAAUAUAAUAUUUUACUAAUAUAUUUCGUACAUUUUUCUUCAGUCAUCCUUCGCUCCAAUCAAAAUCUAAAAUACAUGAAAAUUUUUAGUUAUAAUCAAUGAUCGUGAGGUAUGCAAUUAGAUCAUUAGUAUCAACUAAUUCGUUAUUUAAAGAGAGGGGGGAGGAAUGGGAACUCGUUUGGAAAAAUUAGUUUCGGAGAUCUUUUUUUUUUUAUAAACAUCAUUAUUGAUAAACCUAUAGGCUAGGAAUAUUAGAUUUAGAAAAAGUAAAACAGUGAAAAAAGAAUUGUGAAAUGUGUACUACAACAGCCGUAUACAAUAAUUAAAGAAUACGCCACAUUCCCCCAUACCUGUAUCUCAACAAAAUUGCAUUGUACAUUAGUUAUUCUACUAUGAAUUCAAAUGUUUUUGAGUUAAUAAAUAUCCCUUUUUUAAGAAACAUGUCACGCACCUAGAAAUCAUGUACAUUUAUAUAUUUGUAUAUUUUAGCUGUUGGCUUCUAACAACAACUGAUGAUUUUUCAUCUAGAUAUUUUUUCCCUUCGAACAUCUAAAAUUCUGAUCGGAGGGAGAAAUGAUUUGGUAAAAGUAUGAUAUCUGUAAACAAUCUUUCUACCAGACAUCUUGCACCAAUCAAACAAUUUUUGUUUAUUUUUAGAUCUAUUUGUUUGCAUUAGAGAGGUUUUUUUUUAUUUUCCAAGCAGGUUUUAUUAUGAUAGGGAAAACCCGGAAAAGCGUAAAAUUAAACGGACAAAUUUGUGUUUUUACGAUUUUGUCAUAUCAAAUUUUUACUAUUUAUAAUUUCUACCAGGAAUCUGGCUCCAAUCAAAAAACGACCAGAUACUGUUUAAGUUUAAUUUUGGAUCAAUCGAUGAGUAAUAAAGUCGGUUUUUGAUUUUCCGUGUAAUUUUCUUAACUAUUAGGCAAAACCCGAGGAAAAACGUAAUUUUUAAUUUUUAUUUGGUAAAUACUUAUGCGGAUAAAAUUAUUUAACUUAACUGAAAUGCUUUAAAAUUUAAUAAUAGAUUCAUUAUAAAUUGUACUCGGUGCGAAAAAAAGUUGGGCAUAAUAAAGCAAUCUAUUUUUUUUAAAGGCACUUUAAUAUAAAAUUUAAGUAUUAAGUAAAUAUUAUGGCAUUUCAAGACAUGUAUAACCGAACUUCGUUUAGAAUAGUAUUUCGUUAACAAUAGUUGCCUACAUAUAAUAUAAUUUAAAGAACUUUAUAUAUCCUGCCUUCCCAACUUUCCACCUACAAUAGUGACGCACCUUCAAUAGUAUCAGUUCUUUUUCUUUUCUUUUUUUUUUUGGACAUUUUGGCCUCAGACAUUAAUCAUUUCCUAGAUCCCCUAUACAAUACAUUAUUUCACAGCAGACAGUUAAAUUUACGUGGCAAUUAAAUUAUAAGGCAUUUAAAAGUAAAGUAGUUAUAGGUAUUUUAAUUAAUAAGUAAAUAGUAUGGAAAUUAUUACAUUUAUCAACAUAAUAUAUUACCAGCAUAAAUAUAUAUAUAACCUUGUCUAAGGUUUAUUUCAAUAAAAAUAUCAGUUUUUCUUGUCUAUACUAUAUUCGGUUUGAUAUUAAAUAGCAUAACAAAUUAUAUAACAAUUUGAAUUAUAAUUUGUCAUGGUAAAUUCUGCAUUAUAUGAGUAGGUAAUAUAAAAAAAAAAAAAUAUUUGCUGCGUUUCCUUUUUUUAAGUCGUUACAAUGGGGUUUUUGGAGUUUUAGCUAACUACUAACCAUGUUUGUAUUAUUUUAUGCAAUAUCGAUAAUGAUAAAAUUAAUAAUAACAUUAUAUAAUUCUAAUAACACGAUAACCCACGACUAGGAUUUUGACCAAUCGGAAACGAUCAGUUGUGAAAAAAUGUACGGUAUAGUAAAAUGACCUCUGCCCGUGUCUUUAUUUUAAAUUAUGGAAUCAUAGUCAAUUCUGAUUUCCGCGGUCUGAAUAUUAUGUGCAUUAUAUUCAAGGUGGUUUUUAAUCUACACCAUAGUUACCGAACCAUUUAUUUAAUAUUAUCAAUACAAACGAACAUUAAUUUUAGAACAUCACUCAUCGUGUAAAACUGUUGAGUACAGUGCAAUAAAUUUCCUCUUUUUAAAGGCCCCUUUAAUUUAUACCGAAUUCUGUGCCAAAUGUCUGCGUAAACUUAUAUGCUUCCAAUGAAAACCAUAUUGAAAAAUGAACAUAAUAAUUGUAUGCGAAUUAUAAUGUCAUUUUUUCUAACACUGCCAAGUGUCUAUAUCUAAUAAUGCAUACGUUAUACUAUAUACUUGUUCAGUAACAAUAUAAUAGUUAGCUGAUGUUCGAUACGAAAAAUUAUACAUUAGUGCCACACUAAAGCAUAUUAUUUAAUGUAAUUACCAAUUUUGAUUGAUAAAGCGAUCGUAGAAUUAAGUGAACUGUAACGAAUUGUGACGUUAAUCGUAUAGAACGACUUAAUCGAAAAAAGUCCAUGGAUAAUAAAUUAUAUUUUCAUAGCAUGGAUCAUUUAUUAUAUUAUAGUUAAUAGACUAGCAUGAUUUUUUUUUUCAUGUAAGUAUAUAACAUAUAAAUACACGUAUACAUUGUACUUACUAUAUUUACUAUUGUUAAUUUUGUUUAUACGCUAUACAUAUAAUUUAUAUAUGGAUUUAAAAGAUCUAAAAAAGAUUUCACGAAUUUGGAAAUUUUAAUAUACACCAUACAGUAAAUUAAUAAAAUAUGGUAUUUAUGAGAAUGGAAUGAGAAAUUUUUGGAAAGAAUUACACAAAAAUCUUCAAGGAAAAUGUGGGAAAAUAGUUGAAAGAAGACGCUGGGAAAAGCUUUGAAAUUAUGGGAAGGAGGAAAGAGGAAAAAAUAAUGUUAAAUUGAAAAACGUCUAAACCGUAAAAAUAUUCAUAAAUUCAUGAUUUUCUGUACAACGUAGAAAAUUGAUAUUUGUUUCUUUUUUAAGUAAUUUUUACAAAACCGUCCAAAAUGAAUGCCAAUAUAAAUUUUGCAUUGAAUUAAUAUGUAUAGGAAAUGAUUUUAGCGACGGUUUAUCGUAAAAAUAGUAUAGCAGUUUAACUAUUACUAGAUUUUAUCAGCGGUGGAUUUGUCGAAAGAAAAUAUGAUAACGCAUUUGUUUUUCGUGUGUACGCAGGAGGUAAAAGAGUAUCUAGACGCGGAACACUUGACACCGUAUCCGACCAGCGACAUACGAACACCUCUUAACGUGGAGAUGAAAACGCUCAAGUCGGCGACGGACGGGACGUCAGGGGGUGGCGGAAAAUGGCGUUCGCGAAACGAAGUAGGAAGUGUCGACAGCUCAGACACAUAUAUCAGCUGUAAGUCACAACCAUUCCAUUCGCAGGCCGACUUGACGGCCGACGACCUGCACGACGCUGUAUUUGAGCCUCCAGCCACCUAUCCCUGUAGCGGCAAUGGUGUUGGAAGUAGUGGUGUUGGCGGCAACGAUUCCAACCUGUACGUCAACCCACUGGAGAGCCCCAACGAUAAGGGGGGCAACAAAAAUGGCCCUCCUCGGAGCUUAGGCACUUCACCCAUGGACGAGACCAAAGAGUUCGGAGGUCGGACCGCGGCUACCGGAAGUCGAGGAAGUCUUAAUGAGACGGUCAAACAGCGGAAGACGAGAUUUUCGCAAGUAUGUAAAUACACAGUGCAUGGUCGUUCGGAUAAUUGUAUAAAUUGACUUUCUUCUUCUUUAGAUUCCGAGCGUAGCUAUUGAUGUUACAAUGCUGUUUAUUUUUUGUUCUUUUUCUUUGUUCUAGUCUGUGGACACGUUUAUUCCUAGUAAACUUAGUCCGAUAUUUACGUUUAACAACUUUUCUAAAAGCUCAAGUUGUCUAAAUAGUACUUUAAAAAGGUCAUUUUUUAAAUAAAAGCGCUUAAGUGGGAAAAAACGUAGGAAAACGUACAGUUUCACGAUUUCUUUAUUUUAUAAAAACACGGACAUUUUCUACCAGAAAAAUUGAUAAAAUCAAAAAAUCACAGAACACCUUUUUUACUGCCUUUUAGAUUUACUUUCUUACGGUAUCUUUUACAAAACUUUUGAACCACUUUUGAGCUUAUAAAAAAUUUUAAUUUUUUGGAGUUUUUUGCUGUAAUUUGGUUAUAAAUACACGCAGAGACUUGAAACUGGGUAAUAAUACUCAUAUCAGACUGACCUAGACGUAGUAAAUUUUCCAAAAUCAUCGGACGACUUUUUAUUUAUAAUAAACGUUUUUAAAUCAAAUUUAAACGAAAAUCACAAAAAAAAAAAAAAAAUACGGCAAUUCAAAUUAUGUAUUACCAAACUGCGCUCGGAAUCGUCUUUCGUCAGGCAAUGGUUUAUCGUUACUUACAGAUAUAAACGAAAUAACCUUAUAUAUUCUACCUUCCCAACUUGGCCGCUCCCAUUCCCAGUAUCUGCUCUUUUUUUCUCUUUUAUUCUUUACAUUUAUAUAAAGAAUACAACUGCAGAGCUGAAACGAAUUUAAUAUUCAAUGGACUAUAGAGUGCGUUUAUGGCGUAGAUAUGAAAGAGUAACAAAAUCGUGACGCAAUUUUAAAUGUUUUUUUUAUUGUAAACAACAGAUAAUCUUAUUUGUCGGUCUCCUUUGUGAGUGGCAGUAGGGUAGUAAUCCAUUUUCUAUUUUAAAUUUUAAAAUACUGGUGCUUUAAGGUUAUGUGUACAUACAUUAUAGUACGUUGGGUUUCAUUUGGAUUUCAUUUAGGUAAUAUUAAAGAAAAAACAUUGGACAUAAAAAAAAAAUAUGGUUAAAAAAAGGAUAUAGUCCGUGCAGCUGUAUAGGGAAAUUUUUUCUUCAUGAACAAUUUUCAAAAAUGAAGUGAUAUCCUUCUUCUCCCGUGCCCUUCAAUUAUUAUGUCAGUUGUAUUCUGUCCGUGAGUUAAAAUUUAUUAGUAAUGAAUAGCAGAUAUUGAUAUAUUUUUAUUUCGAAAAUUCGUAAGAGUAGAUAUAUAGAAUUCCGUACACAAUGAUAACGAUAACAAUAGAUAUACCGAAUUAUUCGGUCGAAUCGAAUGUUCGAUAAUACAUUGGGAUAUUGUUUAAGUUAUAAUAUUAAUUUAAUGUAAUUUUUUAAAGCAAACGAGCAUAGGAGAAAGCCUAUUCGGCCGAUCGUCUCAGGAAAGUUUAGAUGGCGCACGGAAGCGACGACCUUCGUUCGGGUUGUCGUCCAAAUCAUUGACUAACGCCACAAGAAUAAUCAAUCAGCAUUUGUUCGGGUUACCGUUAAUAUCCAAUAAAACAGGUAUUGUAGAAAGCAUGGUUUUUUUAUACAUAUAUAUAAAUAUAUAAAAAAAAAAUAUAACAUUAAAUACGCAGAUUAAUCAUCUUAGCAAUGUGUCAUUGAAAAAAGUACGUACUAAAGCGAAAUACAUACUAUAAAAAUAACUGUCGAAAUUAAGAUCACCUACAUUAUGUUUUCGUAAAAUUUAAAUGAAUGUAUUACGAGUACAUUCUAUGCGAUUCCGAGAUAAAAGCACCGAAAAUUAAUAGGUAUUUUUAUGCUAACGGGGGCAGGAUGGUAUGACCUUUAAUCUCCUCUCCUCUGCGCACGCCACUGCGUUCAACAUUUUACUGUUCGACGAAUUUCGUUUAAUUAUAAGAUAAAAACAAAUAUAUAUAUAUAUAUAAACAUUUAGACAAUCAAACGGUAUAAUAAAAAUUAUAGAUAUUUUAAUAUUCAAAAUAUAAUGCAAAUAAUAAUUGUUGUUAUCGAGUGUGGCAUCGCUAUACACGAGCAAAUAAGUAGUACCUGCCUAGAAAUUAGUCGAUAAACCCCACUCACCAGUGACCCACUGGCCAUGAUUUUUGGGAGAUCAAAACCGUUUACAACAGUGAAACCUGGUGAUGACAUAUAUUUUAAAAUAAUUGUAUUAAAACUUGUAUAUUAUACUGACGGUGUUUUUUCUACUCAAUUUCUCUACUCAUUUAUCAACAAAUACCUAACAACCAUAAGUAUGGUAUUAUAAUAUAAUAUUAUAGACUGUAUCAUAUUGCGCUUAAUAAAAUCUGUUGUUUUAAGUAAAUAAUACCCGUUACAGUAAGACGAAACGAGUUUUAAAUCGGUUUUUACAUACCUAAAUACGAUAGUCCACAUGAUUACGAUAAAAAGAUAAAAAAAAUAAUAAUAAUAAUAAUAAUAACGAGGACCGGUACUUUAUAUUGUUAUUAUCUUGCGAAAUUUACGUUUAAACGAGCUAAACUAAUGUCAUCCGAUAUCGUAGAGGCCACGGCCGGUACAUAUUUUCAACGUUAACGCUAGAGAAAAUAAUAAAACCGGAACGCGCAAAGCUCUUAUCUAUCGUGGCGUUUAAUCAAAAUAAUCGCAUAGUAAUACAAUUAUUAUUGGCAGGAAUGUUUCGUUUCGAUUUUUCGCACUGUAGACGUUUAGCUAUUCGAAACGAUUAAUCGUUUAAUCGACCGCGCGAAUAUUCGUUUAACAAUAUCGUUUCCGUAAUUUCAUAUGAUUUUCAUAUUUUAAACGAGACCAAUUCGAACGCGAAAAUACAGCACAGCUACAGUACUUGCCGUGUAGUUUCAAUUCUCCGCCCCUGUGCACCUCAUACACGGGACCCGCAUUAAAAUGUUUUCGUUACAAAUUAUUCUGCGAUAUUCCGAACGCCGAUGGACAUUUUAUUUUUACACGUUCGCCGUGUCGGCAAUACUUAGGCGUAACACAACGAUGGUUAGCGGUUACACGAUACGUUUCGGCGGGUAGGCACCCACCAGUCUAUCGCGUUCGACUUUUUGCGAUAAUUAAUCAGAAUUUAUAUGGGUACUCAUAAUAACAAUAAUAAUAUCAUGACAACAUCAUUUUUGAUUGACGCACAUAAACAUUCAUAGUGUGUGUAUAUAUAAAUAUAUAUACACUAUAUAAAUAUAUCACUUUUGACUUAUAUUAGGAUUAAAUUACAGCUAUAAACAUAUGUAAUGUGAUAACAGCCGUGUAUAAAUAUUGGCUAUAAAGUCGAUGUGUUUGGACGUAACGUUAAAGACCGAAGGGGACGCUGAAUUCCGGGGUGAGUUCGAGGAAAUUUGUGUAUUUUAUACGUACCUACUAUUACGUGAUCGCAAAUAGCUGCAGAUUACUAUCGAGAUAAUAUAGAUGUAUUUUACUUGUUUAUACCGUAUCCGUACUUGUUUAGAUAUCGUAUUUAUUCAUAAUAUACAUAAGUAUAUUAAAUAUUAUAAUAUAUUAGAGUGGUUUUUAUUCGGGGUAUGGAAAAGAAUUCGCGUGCAUAGCCGCGUCUCAUUCCGUUUCUAAACAAUAAUAUGUUAUAGAAAAAUACGCAUUUAAAAAAAAAAGUCCGUGUAGCGGACCAAAUCGGGAUACGUUUUGUAUUUUUUUUUUUUUCAUUUUUUUUUCUUAACUGCUAUUCUAUCGCGUCGAUUCCGGGGAUGAUGUACCGCGCGAAUAUUUCUAUACUCUAAACCCAAAAACUACCUUAAUAUGUUAAAAUAUUAUAACAACACUACAUUAUAUUUUAACGGUAAAAACAAAAAGUAGACGACUUGACAACACUGUUAUUAUAAUACCUAUAAUAUUACUAUUAUUUUGUUAUAUACGUACACACAUUUUACAUUCAUAACAAUAUUUACAUACGUUGAUGAUUUCUACAUGUAGGUUUAAGUAUGGAGACUAUCUCUGUUUGAUGGAGUCUAUGUAGUAAGUGAGUGAUGGUCAACCCCGCUUGAUAUAUUCUGAUUGCCGUGUUAUCUGCAUAGAUAUAUCUACGGACAGAAGAAGCGACUUGAACGCGUUUACAAUGAAUAAAUGCACAGUACUCCCAAACAAUUUUGAGGAGGAGGAGGGUGGGGGGAGAGACUUAAUCUUCGAUAUAUUUUACUUUCUUUAAAUCUUAUAAUACGGGACUAUUAUAGUCCAUGAUUUAAUAGUUCCGGUGGUUUUUUUUUUCCGAGAUUUUACUGGCAUCCCGUGAUUUGGCUUUUCGUGCGUUUUACGAUCAAAGUUAUUUAAUUCCGGCAAAUUUACGUUCCUUGUUAUUUUUUUUUCUCUCUUAAUUAUAUUCCGUAAACUUAAAUUUCAAUUCGUUUCAAUUCCAUGCAUAUUAUUUCCUUGUUAUAUGUUAUUCCUGAACUUUUACUGCCCAACUGUUUUAUUUUCGGUAUUUUAUAGGCGUCCAUUAACAUUUCAAAAUUUUUCCCGACUAAAAACGUAAUGAUUUUGUAUAAAAAAAAUUAUACAUUUAGUUUCGAUAAUAUAAUAUACGUUAGACAUGUUAUUAUAACCAGGGUAUGGAUCUUACCUAUUGCAUUUGCUUAGUUAUUUGGCUUGACAUUAAAUCUAGUAAUGCUAUGGAAAUGUCUGUUAUCAAUCUAUGUUACAAUGAGCUCAAAUAUUAAAUUUAAAAGUUCUCUUUUGUUUUUUUAUUGGUUUUUUAAAUAUUUUUUUAGUUUAUUUGAGCGCUUACUGUUUCUUAAAUUAUGCAAUGAAAGAUCAUAAAAGUUAUUUUUAUUGAUUAUUCAUCCCGAACCACCCUAAUUAUGACGUUCACUAUAAUAAUAUCGUCACUGUUCAGAAAGGCUCUAGACCGCACUGUCCGAGUAGUAGGUCCACAAAAAAUGGUGAUAUACUCGUGUAUUCCAUUCAAACUAAUGAUGAUAAGCAGAGUUGGCCACUCUCUUACUAUAUAAGCUAUCUAUAGGUAUUACUGUAUUAGUUAUAUAAUUAAUUAGGUACAUACCCUUUUCAUUGCUUGUUAAACAUGUAUAACUUAUUAUAAAGCCUGUAUGUAUACCCCAUUAACAAUAUGAUACCCUAUUAUAUUAUUACUAUGCUUGAUUUAAUUAACGAGUUGUUCAACAACUCCGUAUAGAUCGUAGUGGUUUUUUUCGUCUUUAUUUUAAUAUAUUAUUUAACUGCAAUGCCAUAUAAUAUUAUACAUUAUUAUAUAUUAUACAUUUUUAACGGUUAACCAAUUUGAACCGUUGUGAACAAUAUGGUAGAUAUUCUUAAAUUUUUAGAUAUCAUGAAGUCGGUGUAUAUACGUUCGUUUAUUAGACAUUUAUCUUGUAUUAGGUAUCUUUAUUAGCUGAGUAGGAUCUUAAAAUAAUUAUUAAGAUCUUUAUUGACAAGAAACGUAUUUUAAUGUAUAACAAUAUAUAAAAUAUAUUAUACAUCUAUAUGAUAUAGUAUACUGUGUAUAACUUCUGUUGUUUUCAAUAGAUAAAAUGCAUCAUCUUGUUGAAAAUCUAUUGGUACUAUCGUACUGAUUAUAAAUUAUCAUAGCAAUCAUUUGAAAUGAUUAUUGAGAUGUAAUAUAGAUCGCGCGUACUGUGCAGAGGCGUAUUUUAAGGGAUUCAUUUUGCAUGAAUGUAUUUAUUUGUACACGAAGGUUCUCGCAAGUAAAAUUCUAUAAUCUCUCUUUCCGCUAUCCGAAAUAUUUCACAUUAUUAACCAUAGACCGCGACACCAAGACGCCGAGUGUAAUAAUUAAUAACUAAACCAAUGGUCGACAAUCUCGCAUCCCCACACUGAAAUAUUUCAAAUUAAAGCUACUUUGAUGAAUUGUUUCCAUUAUAUUUGUUUUCGCUACAUAAAAUAAAAGGAUAUUGAGCAACAAAAAAAAAGAACACAUUCACAGACAUAGCCGUAGUACGACUGAGGCAACUAAUAACUAACCAAUGGCCGAAAAUAUGUCAAAAAGUGUACAAAAAAAAAAAAUCUUAGUGAGUUAAAAAAUCGACAAAAAGCAAAACAAAUUUUACUUAAACUUUAUAUUCUGAAUAUAAUGGAAAAGCUACAUAUUUAUUACAGGUUCACUAAGAUAUGUUGAUUUUUCUAGGAAAACACUUUUUAAAUUUCGUAUAAAAACUAAAAAUAUUCAGAAUUAUUCAUGUUGUGCCUCAAAAGAUACCUUAAUACGGCCAUCUGCGUGCCACCAAAAGUUCCCCACAGACCGCCCACUUUGAAAGAUGUCAGAUCUAGGCCAGUGGCACCUACCACGACGUCUAAACUCCCUUUUUGGUGGCACACUCGUCAAGUUCCCGGACUUCAACGGUUGCUCUCUGACGCAGUGCUGUACAUCUGGACCUCCUGGACCUGGACCUGGUCUGGCCGCUCUGCUAAUCUCUGGCUAAUUUCCAUAGUCCUCUCGACUCUGUUCGCGUCACCCCAAACGUUUAAACGUUCGGAGUGACGCGGGAUGGGGGUAUAUUAUUAAUAAUAUACCCCCAUUCCUAGCCGGUGGAUGUUUAUAGAGUUCCAUAAGAGAAGAGACUAAUGUAUCCUCCAGAACGUUACUUUCUGGCGUCUGAAUCUCUAAUUUUCCUCAUUCUUAUUACUUUGUCAUCGUCAUUUUCUCCUGUUCUUCCUUCUUUUUGAUUCUUUCUUUUUUAACAGUCUUUUUCUUCAUCUUUGAUCUCGCCGUUUCCAAAAUCCCCGCAUUCCAGCGGCACCUUCCAUAAAGAUUUGAUCAAAUUCAAAAUAUGCGUCGUCCAUGUUGUAGCUCGUGGUUAAUUCAUUGACCGCUAGCUUAGUCGACCGUAUCAAUCGUUACAAUAAUGCUCCUCCUGGUCCAUCUUCUAUAUUUUUUUUCCAUGCGGUUCUUUGAUUUUUUCAAAAGAAUCAGGUUGUCGACUACGACUGACCGUAACGCUCGCGAGAACCAUUUUUUUCAACCGCACAAGUUACACGAGUUGGUGAAUACGAACUCUGAAAAUACGCCAAUGCGAGACACGCGUCUUAUGUAUCCUGUAUAUUAUUACGUAUUCUAUUUAGAGACACUGUUAACAAUAGUAUUAUAAUAAAACAUAUGCCCUCGACAAUACAAAAUAACUGUCGAAUAUUAUUUUUAGUGUACCCUGCGCCGCAUUUAUUAACACAUACUAUUACGCCGUGUAAAUUCGGAUCAUUGCGCGAACGAAAAUUUAAAAAUUCACACUACCCAACGAUGUAUCUAGUAGGUGUGUAUAUUAUAAUACAGGGUGAUUCGUUUAGUAUAAUCUGUGGAUUUUCUCGGGAGAUUUUAAGUGAAUUCGAUUUCUGUGUUGCUUUUUUUGCUCAAUCUUUAUAAUAUAGGUACACCAUAUAUAGUCUGACACCUGAAAUAACUUUUGUUCUGUUCAAUAUUUUUUCCUCGCGAUAAUUUCUAAAGCAUUGCACUAUGGUUCCUCUAUUUUAUAUUUUUUUAAACAGAGAAACUAUAACGCGAGGAUCUAGUAAUAUUAUUACAAGAAAUAAUAAAACUUAAAGAUAUUGAACAGAACCAAAUGUAUUUCAAAUGGUCUUCGUGCUACAGCCUGUAUAAAUUGUGUGUGAAAUGUUUUAUUUAACAACUAUUUUCAAUUUUUACUCAUACUCAGUACACUUUAUAUCUUAAACUGGUAUACGGUUUCGAUUUUCAAAUAGGAACCCCGCCCCCUUUUAAACGGUUCAUACCCGAGUUGCCGACAACCCAUUUUUCCGACUGUUAAACUGGUUUUAUUAGUAAUUAAAAAUUUUCGAUUGCGUCCCGUUUUGACAUUUUUAAUCUAUCUCGAGUUUCGAUUGUAUCCGGUUUUAACAGUUAUGCAUCCGACUGCGAUACAUCCGAAAUUUUCUAUUUCCAAUAUAUCCGGCAUUCGGUCGUAUUAUUAUUAUUAUUGUUCUAAUUGCUAGGAUUAGUACUAUACUACAUGUGGUACGUAUAAUAUUUUGAUUUUCAGACAGGCAUCAGUUAGAACUAAAACUAAUACCAAUAAAACACUGACCAAACUAUUGCAAAAAACAAGAACUUACUGAUAAACAAAUAAACAAUUAUAAACAAAAAAUUAAAUCUCGUUUAGACUACAUUAAAAUUAUGUCGCUUAGACUUUUAAUUCAAAUAAUAAAUCAUAACAAUAAUUGGAGAUCUUGACUAUAGGUGUAAAUUGUGAAAUUCUGUAAUACUUACUAGUUAAAAAAAAUGACUAUGGUAAUUAUAACAAUUUUAAUACCUGUAUCUAUGCAUAUUUUUUUUUUUUUUAAUUUAUUUUAAUAAUAAACAUUUUUUUUAAAUGCUUAAGUAUUGUAUGGCUAAUUUAACGACUAAUAAAUAAUAAUAUUAUAUACAUAUUUUUUUUCUGAAAUGACGCUACACAUAAAAUACCAAUUCGAUAUUACGGAGUGCAAAGCGAUAAUAAUCGAACCGCACUCGUUUAGAGUUAAAUGCGCGUGUACUUACAAUCGCGUUCUGUCUGGUAUCGAAAUUCUCGAUUUUUCGUUUAGGACACAAUCGAACGCACACCCGCUCAAACCGGACGCAAUCGAAAUCCGAGAAUGGUAAAUAAAAAAAAAAAGUCAAAAGGGACGCAAACGAAAUUUCACCGGACGCAAUAGACGCACUGUACUUUUCGUUUACCUGACUUUGGCACUCAAUCGACUGUAUCCGAUUUCAAGGCACACGAUUCCGUACGCUUUGUACAAUUUGUGUAAGAUUUUAAUGCAAUUUCGUCAGAUUCGCAUAAGGUUACGUAGGUAUUUGACUGUAUAUGACUUAGUUGUAAUGCUGCACGCGAAUAAUUCUUAACUAUCAUAGAAACAUUUAUGUAACGUACAACAAUCGUUAGGAUGCCAGAUGUGUUUUUGUUGUACCAUAACAUAAGACAUCUUAUUUUAACUACCCCCGUAGUACGGUAUACAUUUGACGUAGCCGCCAGUCGGUAACCACGUCAUUUUGUGACUUUGUGUACAGUGCGGUGCGUCAUAGAAAUCGAAUUUCUAAACAGUCAAUAGUACGGAAAACGAAGUGAAGUUUAUUAAUUCGGAAAAAAUACAAUCACUCAGAUUACUUAGUCUUUACAAAUUUUUUUUUUUUAAUAAAUUUAACUUUUCAAGUUCAUUAACUUUUUUUAUAGCGUUAUUGUUUAAGAUAAUUAAACAAAUUAACGGCAAUAAAUAGUAAAUGGCGACAUUGCCCGAAAAAUCGUACGUAAUCGUGUUGUUUUUUAGGUCAUUUUAACAAUCCAUUGUUUGAUCAAAAUCGAACGGAAUCGUACAGAUUUUUUUUUAGAAAUUUAUAUUUUUUUUUUUUGGUUCAAAUAGUAAUAAUGUAGAUUCAAUGGGGUCAUGAACAGGUGCGCGUAGCUGAAAACAACGCACGUCACCGGUAAGUUACAACAUAACAAAAAGCAAAAUGGGAGUCGGUAAAGUGGGAUGACAUAUUUUUAAACGCAUGUUCGAAUAGAGAAUAUUAAUUUUAGAGAAGGAUAAUAAACUUCAUAUCCAUUAUUUAGAAGAUAAAUAAUUGACAGUCCUACUCCAUUUUCCAACGGUCUUAACUUUUAACUGAUUACGACUAAUAAACGGUAAAUCCGAAAUUACGAUGUCAAGGGAGGAGGUUGAAAAUUACUAUUUGACAAUCCAAAGUGUUUACUCGCUCAAGGUACCUAUUUUAAGGAGUAGGAGUAAACAUUGAAAAUAGAGUUAAAAUCAAACCUAUAAAAGAUUGCACAAUCUCUCGACGAUAAACCAUCGCUAACGAAAAACGAUUCUGGGUGGAGAAUGUUAAUAGUCAUAUUUUGUCCCCUUGUUGUGCCAAGAUAACCCGGGAACGGACAAAAAUUUUACGAAAAGUGUCCAGUUUGUCCGGCAUUUAUAAACUACAAAAAACACCAAUAAAAAAAAAAAAAAACACAACCUCCUCGAUCGGCGCCAACUAGAUCGAAAAACCGUUACGAUGGUAAAUUUCCAAUACAUUUUACGGUCGGAGCGAGAUUUCUGGGAUAAAGGUCGUUUAUAGGCACCGAAAACAAAAAAAUCACAUAGUAGUAAAACCUAUACGUUUCGCUUAGUAUAAUAUCUAAAACAGAAAUCGAAUUCCUUUAAAAGCCUCGGGGAAAAUCGCUGGCUUCGCGAUAAAAGGAUCAAGCUGUAUGCGUGUGUGCUUGUGUGUGCGUGUGUGCGUGUGUGUGUGUGUAUUAUAAUAUGCGCGUACGGUCAACGGCACGACGAGUACGUUGGGAAAGUCGGCGUGUAUAGGUACAGUGAAAACGGGUAAUACGGGUACUCUCGAGCGGCCUCCCAAAUUCAGGUAGACGAAUUUUUUUCACUCGAAUCGCCUCCGGGUGUUUUCGGAGGCGACUGGAGUAUACUCGAACCGUCCACUCGAUUCGCCUCCCAUAGCCGACCCAGAAUAUUAAUUAAUACAUCGAUAGUCGACGUGUACUAUUGAUCAUUAUAUUGGUUUCCGUAAUGUUGAAAAAAUAUUAGUUUUAUUAUUUACAACAAUAUACACACGCGGUAUUUCCCGGACGGAUCAAUCCGUCGAAUAAUCGUAUCGAUAACUGGUUAUCCGUAGAUUAGUCGACAAUGUAAUUAUUAUUUUUUUUUUUUAUCGAUUUUUUUAAUACGCGCAAUUCCGAUACAAUGCAUAUUGCACCCGUUCGCUUUAUCGACAUCGGCUCGUUACCUGAUACAGUGUACCGACGUCGCGUACCCCAAAUACGUCGGUAUAUUUGUACAAUUGUUUUGUAGUUUUGAAAAAAAAAAUCGAUUCCACCACCGAAAAUGGGAGACAGUAAAAUAGUAGGUGAAAAAAUAAUCGGCAGGCGAUUCGAGUGGCGUUUUACGGGGGAAAAAAAAAAAAAAAAUUCACGGGGUGGCGGGCGAUUCGCGUUCGUCGCGUGCCCGAAAAUCGCGCCCCAGACGUUUUUCGCCGCACGGGGUUAUGUUCAACGCCGUUAUCCCGAGCGCACUUCCGGUCGACCGUAGACAAUAUACAAUAUUAUAUUAGGUACAUAUAUGUAUAUAUAUACAGCGUGUGCGUUUUCGUACAACAUCUACGCGCGUGUAACGUGUCCGCCCGCCGCGCGUAACUGCGUACACACGCGCGCUGUAUACGUUGUACCUGUCCGGCUAAUGGGUUCGCGUGUGCGGUUUUUGUGCAGGGAAAAACGGCAAGUCCACGCCGUCGGUGUCGGCCGAGUCGAUAAACCGCUCGCCGGAAACGCACCGGAGGUCCAAGUCGAUACUGAAACGGCACCAGAACAGCCAGGCGGCGUCGCAGGCGGCGCUGCUGUUGCAGCAGGACACGUCCCAUCAGUCCGGCGGCCCGCCGUGCUCGUCGUCGUCCGCCAACAGCCAUCCCAGAAUCGGCAUCCGGCGGACGGCGCACGUCGACCCAGAAACCGAAAAACUCAUACCGGACAACCUAUCGGACUGUUCGCCGGGCAAGAGCCCGUUGUCGCCGCAGCAACCGCAGCAGCAGCAGCACAACCAUCACAACAGCUACAAUAACAAUCACAACAUGCGCAACAAUAACAACAACAACAACGGCCGGAUCGCCGGCGGUGGCGGUAGCGGCGCCGCCGGCGCCGGCGGCAGGGCUCCGAUCGAAGUGGCGCUGCUCCAGGAUCUGCUCGAGGACUCGGGCGGUCCCAUAUUCAUAUGUCCGCCGCCGCCACCGAUGACCGACAACGGCGACCAACGGUACUCGUAG